ACGGUGUCCACCAUGUCACGGCACUCUGCACCCUGCGUGUCACCAUCAUCACCGACGACAUGCUGACCAACAGCAUUACGGUGCGCCUGGAGAACAUGUCCCAAGAGCGCUUCCUGUCCCCGCUGCUCGCCCUCUUCAUGGAGGGCGUGGCGGCGGUCCUGUCCACCCGCCCCAACAGCGUCUUUGUCUUCAACAUCCAGAAGGACACCCACGUCCAGGGGAGCAUCCUCAACGUCACCUUCUCCGCCCUGCGCCCUACUGGGGGAUCCGGGGGCACCAUCCCCCCUGGACCUUUCUUCCCCUCAGAAGCCCUGCAGGAGCAGAUUUAUCUGAACCGGACUCUGCUCACCCUGGUGUCCAGCCAGCGUGUGCUGCCCUUUGACGAUAACAUCUGCCUCCGCGAGCCCUGUGAGAACUACAUGAAGUGUGUGUCGGUGCUGAGGUUCGACAGCUCGGCACCCUUCGUGUCCUCGAAUACGGUGCUGUUCAGGCCUAUCCACCCGGUGACGGGGCUACGCUGCCGAUGCCCAGCAGGUUUCACGGGGGACUACUGUGAGACGGAGAUUGACCUGUGCUACUCAGGGCCCUGCCAGAAUAACGGCAAGUGCCGGAGCAGGGAAGGCGGGUACACUUGUGUGUGUCCGGAGGAGUUCACCGGUGAGUGUUGUUAUCCACUUUUUGGUUUCCUACUUGACUCUUUUACUUUCACCCCAUUCUUGAUCUGCUCUUUUUCACGUCAGUCUUUCUUUCACCUUUCACUCUGACUUUGCUUUAGUCUCUCUGUCAUUAGGGUUAGUCUCGCUGUCAUUAGGGUUAGUUUCUCUGUCAUUACGGUUAGUCUCUCUGUCAUUAGGGUUAGUCUCUCUGUCAUUAGGGUUAGUCUUUCUGUCAUUAGGGUUAGGGUUAGUCUCUGUCGUUAGAGUUAGGGUUAUUCUCUCUUUCAUUAGGGUUAGGGUUAUUCUCUCUUUCAUUAGGGUUAGGGUUAGUCUCUCAUUCAUUAGGGUUAGGGUUGGUCUCUCUGUUGUUAGUGUUAGUCUCUCUCAUUAGGGUUAGUCUCUCUGUUAUUUAGGUUAGGGUUAGUCUCGCUGUCAUUAGGGUCAGGGUUAGUCUCUCUGUCUUUAGGGUUAGGGUUAGUCUCUGUCAUUAGGGUUAGGGUUAGUCUCUCUGUCAUUAGGGUUAGGGUUAGUCUCUCUGUCAUUAGGGUUAGGGUUAGUCUCUCUGUCAUUAGUACUUAGAUAGAAACAUGCCUACCCCCAUCGAGAUCUCACAUCUGCUUUGACAGAACCUCUGUCCAUAGAGUUUAAUAUUCCCGCUAUAUUAAAGACACGGCCCACAGCCAAAACCAUGAUUCUGCAGAGAGGCUAUUACCUGUUAAUCAAACCCUAGCCUUCUAUGCUUUGAAGACUCUUGGCUAGCUCCAGGUAGUCUCAAGUCAUAACGAGGGUGAUGAUGGUUGGCCUGACAGUGCUGGCCUCAGGUUUCGCACACUUUCGAGAAAAAUAUCCCUCGUAAUUCCCUCCAAACCGGAGAUUAUCCGUCUUACAGUCGGGUCAUUACCCGCUGGAAUUCCGAGCCCCGUAAGUCAUAGGUGUUCUCUUUAUCCAGAUCUUGUCAGGGUAAUUUGCAACACACAACACCCCACACUAGGAGCUGGAAAUAGAUCUGGUAGUGGCACAUUGGAAUGCAAAGACCUUGUGGGGUUGACAAUUGUUCCUUUUGACCUGUGGGAAAAUCAUCUCUUGACUCCUUGGUGCUCUCUUUCAUAAUAUGUAAUACAAUGACCCUUAAAGGGUGACACAAUCCCACCGGACCUUCCACACACAUUUCUCUGUAGUCUUCCUGUCUCUGUUCUCUAUCGCUUCAAUAUAAAAGCCUUAUCAUGCAAUACAUUGUUACCAUACUGUUACCAUUAAUUUUUUUUUAAGAUGGUGAACUUGGGGCCUGUUUCCCAGACAUCUCCAUUGUACAUGCUUUUUAGUCUAGAACUACACUUCACAAAAAUAUAAACGCAACAUGUAAAUGAUCCUUUCCUUAUUUUUUUAUUGGGAACUAUCUUUCAGCUCAGUACGUGACCCCUUAAUGGUCACCCCAAGCUGUUAGGGAAAGCACCCCAGAGUUAAAAGAAAAACACAGUGAAGUCAUCACUACUGACAUCAGCAUCCAUUUUGAAAGCUGUCACCUCCGGAACACGUCUCAGGUCUAGUUAACCAGGCAGGACAGUGUCAGUGUGGGUUGCUGGUGGGUCGUGACAGGUGUCUUAUAGACCACCGAGUUGGCCUGCUGCUUGGCCAAAGACACUCCAUUGUCCUAUUGUCAUUAUGCCACAAGCCGUUUGGUUCCAGCAAAGAGCCAGGGGUCAGUCUGGGUCACAGUGCAUGGCGGUUACAAUCUGCUGUGUUUUGACAUGCUUGCGAAGGGGGUUUGAGCUCCAACCCCCUUCUAUCUGAGUCAAUUCAGACUAGCUUGUAGGUUGUGUUGUAAUGGAGUUGAACUUGUCUGCUGUGAAUCUGACUGAUUUCAGCUUGUUCCCAUAAAUAUAUUUGGGGGGCUUCGUCCAGGACACAUCGUAAUAUAAAGGCCUGAAAGGAGGAUUUAAAGAAACAUGCCUACCCCCAUGUGUACCCGUUUUCACACCAACCCAAACUUUUGUCAAUAUCUCCAGACAGUUUUUCAUUUUUCUAUACUCAGCAGAUCUUCCCGCUCACCUGGGCUGCCCGUUUCCUUUUCCCUUCCUACAGGUGAUCAUUGUGAGGUGAACUCGCGCUCUGGCCGUUGUGUCCCGGGGGUGUGUAAGAACGGUGCCAGGUGUGUAGAUCUGCUGGUGGGGGGGUUUGUAUGCCAGUGCCCCCCAGGGGAGUACCAGAAACCAUACUGUGAGAUGAGCACGCGCAGCUUCCCCGGCCAGUCUUUCAUCACCUUCAGAGGGCUACGGCAGAGGUUUCACUUCACUGUGUCCUUCAUGUAAGUACACCUUUUUUUGGGGUUCUCUUUGCAUUCACGAACACCUGGAGCUUUUUUGACAUAGUACUGAGCCAAAUGAUACACAUCUAACGCCUUGUCUGAAUAUACAUACAACCCUUUGUAAUAAGCAGUAAUGGCUGUAUCCAUGGCAACAGAAAUAAACAUCGCCCUGCUGUCUUUGUCUCGCUGACUGGACAUGCUUGGGCAUAAGCACAUCUGAACCUCAAAUCACAGAAGUGCUGAAUCACAGGGCUGGUAUUUGUGUUCUGCCUUGACAUUUGUGUUCUGUUUGACGAAAGAAGCACAAGCCAUUUUAUCCAGUGGUUAGGUGCAGAUCUUGGUUCAAAUAGUAUUCAUUUUUUAUUUGAAAUACUUAAAAAGUUUAAUCGAGCUUGCCUGGAGUGACAUUGGUUGUAUCAAGGCUGUAGAGAAACAUCUCUUUCUAGCGUUCAGCUCACGUUCCCUGGCAAAGGUAAAAACAGGAAGUGAUGCGUGGAGCCAGAGGGCCCUAGGUGUUUGGCUUUGUUGAUCACGGUUUCCUGUGACGCUGCCCUGUGCCAUGUGGCUUCUGACUUCUGUGCCCGUACCCGCUACGUGCCAAAGGGUUAAUGACACACAGCGGCAUGGCUCCCAGUUCUAGCUCUGGUUCUACGUCUGUCCACACCAGUCCUCCUUCCCUCCGUCAUUUUCCAAAUUCCUUUUGCUCCUCUCAUUGUCUCUAGUUCAAUAUGAUUAUUUUCUCCAUUUUCCCUUUUAUCUCUCAUUGUCCCUCAUUUCCCAGGUUAAUAUGUCUAUCAACGUGUCCCACCCUCCCCCGCCCCACACAACUUAUAUUGUUCUCGCAUUACCUCAAGACAGGUUAAAGAAGGGUUUUUAAGCCUUGAGACAAUUGAGACAUGGAUUGUGUAUAUGUGCGAUUCAGAUGUUGAAUGGGCAAGACAAAAGAUUGAAGUGCCUUUGAAUGGGUUAUGGUAGUAGGUGCCAGGCGCACCGGUUUGUGUCAAGCACUGCAACGCUGCUGGAUUUUUCACGCUCAACAGUUUCCCGUGUGUAUCAAGAAUGGUCCAUCACCCAAAGGACAUCCAGCCAUCUUGACACAAUUGUGGGAAGCAUUGGAGUCAACAUGGGCCAGCAUCCCUGUGGAAUGCUUUCAACACCUUGUAGAGUCCAUGCCCUGACGAAUUGAGGCUGUUCUGAGGGCAACUCAAUAUUAGGAAGGUGUUCUUAAUGUUUUGUACACUCAGUGUACUGUACUGUACAAUCAAUGAUAAUAUACUGUACUGUACAAUAAGUUAUAAUAUACUAUACAAUCAAUCAUAAUAUACUACUGAUAAUAUACUGUACCAGGGUUACGGUUAAUUCCAUUUAAAUUCCAGUCAAUUCAGAAAGUAAACCAAUUUCCAAUUCCAAAUGUUCCUCAUUGAAAAGCAUUGGAAGAGUUGGAAUUUCAUUGUACUUCCUGAAUUUACUGGAAUUGAAAUGGAAUUUACCCCAACCCUGUACUGUACUGUACAAUCAAUGUGACCUUUGCUCCUCUAUGACCUCCUGUAUGACCUCCUGUAAGACCUCCUGUAAGACCUCCUGUAUGACCUCCUGUAUGACCUCCUGUAAGACCUCCUGUAUGACUUCCUGUAAGACCUCCUGUAUGACCUCCUGUAUGACCUGUAGGUUUGCCACCAGAGAGAGGAAUGCCCUGCUGCUUUAUAACGGAAGGUUUAACGAGAAGCACGACUUCAUCGCCUUGGAGAUCAUUGAGGAACAAAUCCAGCUCACCUUCUCAGCAGGUAAGGACGUAAAGGAUGUAGAAAGAGAUGGCCGCCAGACUCUUCAAUUUCCUCUGUUCCCUUUGCUUCGCUUCACUUCUCUCUCCUAUCCCCCUCUCUGUGAAAUACUACAUCUCAUUAACAGGGAGGUUCUGACCAACUGGGCAGGGAUCAGAGUUUAUGGAGCCAACCCUCAGAUACCUGGGAAAAUGUAGGGUAAACAGUGAUCAUGCAGUUCACCCAGUGGACCAUGGUGUGUUGAGUUUGGCAGGGAAUUACUGCCAUGGAGGUACUAGCCUAAGUAAACAAUCAUUAACCGGCAGUCCAUCUAACUAUAAUAGUGUUCACUGAUCUGGAUCAGUAGCAUCGAUAUUAAAAUAACUCAGAGGUCCAAAAGGUUGUGUUUUUCUGAACCUUCCCCUGCCCCAUUCCUCAGCUUUAUACCAAACCUUCCCCUGCCCCAUUCCUCAGCUUUAUACCAAACAUUCCCCUGCCCCAUUCCUCAGCUUUAUACCAAACCUUCCCCUGCCCCAUCCCUCAGCUUUAUACCAAACCUUCCCCUGCCCCAUCCAUCAGCUUUAUACCAAACCUUCCCCUGCCCCAUCCAUCAGCUUUAUACCAAACCUUCCCCUGCCCCAUCCAUCAGCUUUAUACCUAACCUUCCCCUGCCCCAUUCCUCAGCUUUAUACCAAAUCUUCCCCUUCCCCAUCCAUCAGCUUUAUACCAAACCUUCCCCUGCCCCAUCCAUCAGCUUUAUACCAAACCUUCCCCUGCCCCAUCCAUCAGCUUUAUACCAAACCUUCCCCUGCCCCAUCCAUCAGCUUUAUACCAAACCUUCCCCUGCCCCAUCCAUCAGCUUUAUACCAAACCUUCCCCUGCCCCAUCCAUCAGCUUUAUACCAAACCUUCCCCUGCCCCAUUCCUCAGCUUUAUACCAAACCUUCCCCUGCCCCAUCCAUCAGCUUUAUACCAAACCUUCCCCUGCCCCAUUCCUCAGCUUUAUACCAAACCUUCCCCUGCCCCAUUCCUCAGCUUUAUACCAAACCUUCCCCUUCCCCAUCCAUCAGCUUUAUACCAAAUCUUCCCCUGCCCCAUCCAUCAGCUUUAUACCAAACCUUCCCCUGCCCCAUCCGUCAGCUUUAUACCAAACCUCCCCCUGCCCCAUCCAUCAGCUUUAUACCUUCCCCUGCCCCAUCCAUCAGCUUUAUACCUAACCUUCCCCUGCCCCAUCCAUCAGCUUUAUACCUAACCUUCCCCUGCCCCAUCCAUCAGCUUUAUACCUUCCCCUGCCCCAUCCAUCAGCUUUAUACCUAACCUUCCCCUGCCCCAUCCCUCAGCUUUAUACCAAAUCUUCCCCUGCCCCAUCCAUCAGCUUUAUACCAAAUCUUAUAAUAAUAAUAAUAAUAUAAUAUGCCAUUUAGCAGACGCUUUUAUCCAAAGCGACUUACAGUCAUGCGUGCAUACAUUUUUGUUUAUGGGUGGUCCCGGGGAUCGAACCCACUACCUUGGCGUUACAAGCGCCGUGCUCUACCAGUUGAGCUAGAGGACCACAUCUUCCCCUGCCCCAUCCCUCAGCUUUAUACCAAACCUUCCCCUGCCCCAUCCAUCAGCUUUAUACCAAACCUUCCCCUGCCCCAUCCAUCAGCUUUAUACCAAACCUUCCCCUGCCCCAUCCCUCAGCUUUAUACCAAACCUUCCCCUGCCCCAUCCAUCAGCUUUAUACCAAACCUUCCCCUGCCCCAUCCAUCAGCUUUAUACCAAACCUUCCCCUGCCCCAUCCCUCAGCUUUAUACCAAACCUUCCCCUGCCCCAUCCAUCAGCUUUAUACCAAACCUUCCCCUGCCCCAUCCAUCAGCUUUAUACCAAACCUUCCCCUGCCCCAUCCCUCAGCUUUAUACCAAACCUUCCCCUGCCCCAUCCAUCAGCUUUAUACCAAACCUUCCCCUGCCCCAUCCAUCAGCUUUAUACCAAACCUUCCCCUGCCCCAUCCAUCAGCUUUAUACCUAACCUUCCCCUGCCCCAUCCAUCAGCUUUAUACCUAACCUUCCCCUGCCCCAUCCCUCAGCUUUAUACCAAACCUUCCCCUGCCCCAUCCAUCAGCUUUAUACCAAACCUUCCCCUGCCCCAUCCAUCAGCUUUAUACCAAAUCUUCCCCUGCCCCAUCCAUCAGCUUUAUACCAAACCUUCCCCUGCCCCAUCCAUCAGCUUUAUACCAAACUUCCCCUGCCCCAUCCAUCAGCUUUAUACCAAACCUUACCCCUGCCCCAUCCAUCAGCUUUAUACCAAACCUUCCCCUGCCCCAUCCAUCAGCUUUAUACCAAACCUUCCCCUGCCCCAUCCAUCAGCUUUAUACCAAACCUUCCCACUGCCCCAUCCCUCAGCUUUAUACCAAACCUUCCCCUGCCCCAUCCAUCAGCUUUAUACCAAACCUUCCCCUGCCCCAUCCAUCAGCUUUAUACCAAACCUUCCCCUGCCCCAUCCAUCAGCUUUAUACCAAACCUUCCCCUGCCCCAUCCCUCAGCUUUAUACCAAACCUUCCCCUGCCCCAUCCAUCAGCUUUAUACCAAACCUUCCCCUGCCCCAUCCAUCAGCUUUAUACCAAACCUUCCCCUGCCCCAUCCAUCAGCUUUAUACCUAACCUUCCCCUGCCCCAUCCAUCAGCUUUAUACCUAACCUUCCCCUGCCCCAUCCCUCAGCUUUAUACCAAACCUUCCCCUGCCCCAUCCAUCAGCUUUAUACCAAACCUUCCCCUGCCCCAUCCAUCAGCUUUAUACCAAAUCUUCCCCUGCCCCAUCCAUCAGCUUUAUACCAAACCUUCCCCUGCCCCAUCCAUCAGCUUUAUACCAAACUUCCCCUGCCCCAUCCAUCAGCUUUAUACCUAACCUUCCCCUGCCCCAUCCAUCAGCUUUAUACCAAACCUUCCCCUGCCCCAUCCAUCAGCUUUAUACCAAACCUUCCCCUGCCCCAUCCAUCAGCUUUAUACCAAACCUUCCCCUGCCCCAUCCAUCAGCUUUAUACCUAACCUUCCCCUGCCCCAUCCAUCAGCUUUAUACCUAACCUUCCCCUGCCACAUCCAUCAGCUUUAUACCAAACCUUCCCCUGCCCCAUCCAUCAGCUUUAUACCUAACCUUCCCCUGCCCCAUCCAUCAGCUUUAUACCAAACCUUCCCCUGCCCCAUCCAUCAGCUUUAUACCAAACCUUCCCCUGCCCCAUCCAUCAGCUUUAUACCAAACCUUCCCCUGCCCUAUCCAUCAGCUUUAUACCAAACCUUCCCCUGCCCCAUCCAUCAGCUUUAUACCAAACCUUCCCCUUCCCCAUCCAUCAGCUUUAUACCUAACCUUCCCCUGCCCCAUCCAUCAGCUUUAUACCAAACCUUCCCCUGCCCCAUCCAUCAGCUUUAUACCAAACCUUCCCCUGCCCCAUCCCUCAGCUUUAUACCAAACCUUCCCCUGCCCCAUCCAUCAUCUUUAUACCAAAUCUUCCCCUGCCCCAUCCCUCAGCUUUAUACCAAAUCUUCCCCUGCCCCAUCCAUCAGCUUUAUACCAAAUCUUCCCCUGCCCCAUCCAUCAGCUUUAUACCAAAUCUUCCCCUGCCCCAUCCAUCAGCUUUAUACCAAAUCUUCCCCUGCCCCAUCCAUCAGCUUUAUACCAAAUCUUCCCCAGCCCCAUCCAUCUGUGUCGAUUAAACUCUUUCCUGUUUCCUUUUUCCUGUUUCCCUUGCUCUAGGAGAAGCCAAAACCACUGUAUUACCCUUUGUCCUAAGUGGGGUCAGUGAUGGUCAGUGGCAUAGAGUACAGCUACACUACUACAACAAGGUAAGCACGCUUCCUGGAUAGGUGGAGGCUAUCAUGAUAACAUAAGAUUUGAUCACUAAUAGAAUGAUGCAUGUCCCUGUUUACUUGUUGUGCUUGGUGCCUACACCCAGACCACGCUUGGUCUGUGGGGUAAGUGACGAGUGGUGUGGUGGGCGCGGGGGAGAGGGGGGUGGUCAUUGUUUGGAAAUCCUUCAAUCAUAGUUACUAGGGCACCAGUAGGAUUAGGAUGUUAUGAACCCAGAUGAAGUGCCCUCAUAAACCUCCAGGCCAAAGGUCAUUCAAGUAAGGCACUCAUACUAUCCCCCCACCCCCCUCCAACUCCACACAGAGUCCAGAGCUUGAAAGGGUUGUCAUGGGAACAGACACGCUAGUCUUUGUUUUGUUUUUAGAGUUGAUUUGAGGCCAUUGUAAUGACAAAGAAUAGGAUUAUUGAGAUUCCAUUUGAGCUUUGUUCUUUUGUUUUGAAAGACAAUCUGGUUUAGGCCUGUGUAACUAAACGGGAUGGCCUCAAACAGAGAAGUAUUUCUGGAUCCAGGGCUUUCUAUGCAGGAUUUGUAAUGUUUAUGGGCAGUGGAAGUUAUUGUGGUCACCUUCAAAGAUGGAACCCACUGAGAGUACUGUUCCUGGAAAGAUAUAUUAGUUGUUUUUCGGAAGCUUUUUAGCCUUGCUAAACCUUUGAAAACGACCCAGUAGUGUGAGAAUGUACUAGGGUGCCCUUACUCAUACAGUACAUUCAUAUGUGGUCCUCUGUAGCUCAGCUGGUAGAGCACGGCGCUUGUAACGCCAAGGUAGUGGGUUCGAUCCCCGGGACCACCCAUACACAAAAAUGUAUGCACGCAUGACUGUAAGUCGCUUUGGAUAAAAGCGUCUGCUAAAUGGCAUAUUAUUAUUAUUAUUAUAUUUGGUCAUAUGCAGUCAUACACUAUCAUUUUGUAAGCUGUAAGAACAUGAGCCUGGUCUUAGACUGUCUUCUGGUUUACACAUUUCCCCAUGUGGACAACAUCUAACAUGGCACAGCAAGGUUGGGGUCAAUUCUAUUUUAACUCCAGUCAAUUCAGGAAGUAAAGGGAAAUUCCAAUUGGAAUUUGGUUUGCGUUCUAAAUUGACUGGAAUUGAAAUGGAAUUGACCCUAACCCUGUGGCACAGUGUCUCAAAUAAAUAUUUUACAGACAUAUCCACAUAUAUUUCUACAAACAAAUGGCUCAAAAUUUGAAGCCGAAGGGAAACUAGCCUAACUGGAGCAGUCUGUACAUAACAAGCUUAUAGAGGCAGUUUGGGUAGGAGGUGAUGGAUUGUAGUUAUUAAUGAACACCCUUUCCCCCUUGCCUGGUUUCUUUCUGUGUCGUCCUGUGAUGUUGAGGGCAGCUGAGAGAGUACUGCUCCCUCUCCUCUCCUCACUUCAUAUUCCCUCCCCGUUGAGCCACACAAACCCUGGCUGGGCGCUCUUCCCCUGUGGGGUCAUUCUCCGCCCGACAGUGAGUGGCUUGGGGUCCCGCUACGACACCAGCUGUUACCUACUUAUACUCUGUUAUACAAGUCCUGGCUGGGUCAAUCGACUGCUAGAACAGAUUUUGUCCCUUCUAAGAUUUUGAAAUCUCAUUAUUGAUCGGGAAAGAGGAUUAAAUGUGGUUUGGUUUGAAACUUCAGUUGAAUACCUUUUUUUAGGAUGUUGAUUGAACGUUUUCUUUGUGACUAUCCAGCAGAACUUGAAAUAUUUGAACAAUUCCCAACCCCCUUCCCUUCAACAUAUGUGCUAAAUCAGGGUCACACAGUGUUUCUUGGUAGUCUUAAACAAAUCUACUUUAAAACAAAAGUAUACACCUUACACCCUUAUGGGCUUAAAAAAAGAAGACACCUGUACCAUGUCAGAGUUUAAAAAUAUUCAAUUUUUAGUUUGCCUCCCAAUAUUACAUUUUAUAUACAGUGGGGAAAAAAAGUAUUUAGUCAGCCACCAAUUGUGCAAGUUCUCCCACUUAAAAAGAUGAGAGAGGCCUGUAAUUUUCAUGAUAGGUACACGUCAACUAUGACAGACAAAAUGAGAAAAAAAAAAUCCAGAAAAUCACAUUGUAGGAUUUAUAAUGAAUUUAUUUGCAAAUGAUGGUGGAAAAUAAGUAUUUGGUCAAUAACAAAAGUUUCUCAAUACUUUGUUAUAUACCCUUUGUUGGCAAUGACACAGGUCAAACGUUUUCUGUAAGUCUUCACAAGGUUUUCACACACUGUUGCUGGUAUUUUGGCCCAUUCCUCCAUGCAGAUCUCCUCUAGAGCAGUGAUGUUUUGGGGCUGUCGCUGGGCAACACGGACUUUCAACUCCCUCCAAAGAUUUUCUAUGGGGUUGAGAUCUGGAGACUGGCUAGGCCACUCCAGGACCUUGAAAUGCUUCUUACGAAGCCACUCCUUCGUUGCCCGGGCGGUGUGUUUGGGAUCAUUGUCAUGCUGAAAGACCCAGCCACGUUUCAUCUUCAAUGCCCUUGCUGAUGGAAGGAGGUUUUCACUCAAAAUCUCACGAUACAUGGCCCCAUUCAUUCUUUCCUUUACACGGAUCAGUCGUCCUGGUCCCUUUGCAGAAAAACAGCCCCAAAGCAUGAUGUUUCCACCCCCAUGCUUCGCAGUAGGUAUGUUGUUCUUUGGAUGCAACUCAGCAUUCUUUGUCCUCCAAACACAACGUGUUGAGUUUUUACCAAAAAGUUAUAUUUUGGUUUCAUCUGACCAUAUGACAUUCUCCCAAUCCUCUUCUGGAUCAUCCAAAAGCAAACUUCAGACGGGCCUGGACAUGUUCUGGCUUAAGCAGGGGGACACGUCUGGCACUGCAGGAUUUGUGUCCCUGGCGGCGUAGUGUGUUACUGAUGGUAGGCUUUGUUACUUUGGUCCCAGCUCUCUGCAGGUCAUUCACUAGGUCCCCCCGUGUGGUUCUGGGAUUUUUGCUCACCGUUCUUGUGAUCAUUUUGACCCCACGAGGUGAGAUCUUACGUGGAGCCCCAGAUCGAGGGAGAUUAUCAGUGGUCUUGUAUGUCUUCCAUUUCCUAAUAAUUGCUCCCACAGUUGAUUUCUUCAAACCAAGCUGCUUACCUAUUGCAGAUUCAGUCUUCCCAGCCUGGUGCAGGUCUACAAUUUUGUUUCUGGUGUCCUUUGACAGCUCUUUGGUCUUGGCCAUAGUGGAGUUUGGAGUGUGACUGUUUGAGGUUGUGGACAGGUGUCUUUUAUACUGAUAACAAGUUCAAACAGGUGCCAUUAAUACAGGUAACGAGUGGAGGACAGAGGAGCCUCUUAAAGAAGAAGUUACAGGUCUGUGAGAGCCAGAAAUCUUGCUUGUUUUGUAGGUGACCAAAUACUUAUUUUCCACCAUAAUAUGCAAAUAAAUUCAUAAAAAAUCCUACAAUGUGAUUUUCUGGAUUUUUUUUCCUCAAUUUGUUUGUCAUAGUUGACGUGUACCUAUGAUGAAAAUUACAGGCCUCUCUCAUCUUUUUAAGUGGGAGAACUUGCACAAUUGGUGGCUGACUAAAUACUUUUUUGCCCCACUGUACAUCACAGAAGACUGAAAUAUAACAAAACCGUUUGACAUAGAAACAGCAGAUUUUCUGCGAAAAACAAAAAAAGUUGAUUAAUUAUGAAAUUAUAAAAAAUAUUAAUAACUUUCCAUCCAUGAGGCCACUAGAGGGCGCUUUGGUCAUUUGACUACAGGAAAGGGUUUUAAGACAGUACAGUAUGGAUCCAAUGGAUCAUCGGGUUUAACGGGUCAUUUCGCGCCAUACUGUGCAUGUGCAGGCCGUCAAAUCAAAGGCACUUCUUUGAUAUAAAGUUGUUCCAGCUGUGUGUGUGUGUGUGUCUGCAUAAGUGCGUGCAUGCAUGUGCAUAUGAUGCAGAUGGUGCAUGCCAAGGCUGUGAAGGCCAGGAUGAACCAGACUGAACCACACUCACUCACACACACACACACAAACACAUGGUUUGGAAUUUCCUCAUUCAGCUCAUUCUGCACAUUUUGGAGAAGAUAUGUUAAUAGCAUUGUUUUAGCGAUUUUUUUGUACUCAGGCUUUCCUAGUGGACAGGAAGAUGGAACACGUGAUUAAUGUCUGUGAAUUUAUGAGAGUGUUUGUUUGGAAUGUGUGGAAAAGAGAGGGGAACAAGUGUCACUGAGUUCCUGUUGUUUGGGUUGACCUUGACAUGGUGACAUAAUGUGGAUAGAAUGCAGCCUGUAUAUGGCAACAGCAAGGGACAUCUUGUAUACUUUACAGUAGUUUUGCUAUAAUUAGGCUAGUAUGAGCCCUAUUCUGAGUAUGCCCUAUCUCGCAUUAAACAUAGUGCCAAACCAAACAGUCCAGAGCUCUGCAACAACAGCCUUCCAGGUCCCUUCUGUCAGAGCCCAGAUGUCUAAGAGCUAAACCAGAACGGCCAACACAGUCAAAUUACUUCCUUUUUAUCUAUCCCCCAUAGCCCAACCAUGAGAAAAGGGGGAUAAAGAAACAGAUGCCUGAAGAGUAGUAUCUCUGUUACUGUGGAGUUAUUAAUGAAGGCCAGAACAAUAGAAAGUAGUGUGGAGUGCAGCCGGCAUUUGUGAUUGGUCCGUAAUCCAGAUAUGUAAAUUCAGUAUGCAAAUAUGUAAACUUUUGAACUGGGUAGAAUGUAUUGUGUGAAAAGAGCAAGACAAUGUUAGUAUUGCAGUAGUUGCAUUGUAGUACAAUGUUCAGGCCUCUCCUCUGUCAACAGAAUGACGUCAUAAUUCAUUUCUCCUCAGGACUCCUCAGGACCAUAUAUGGAUCUGUGCCAUUCACUUUAAACUGGACUGUUUUUACAGCAUGAGCAGUCGUGAGUAGAUGCGCUUGUUUUGAGAUCAAAAGCGAGAGCUACAUGUAGCGACGUGUGCACAUUUGUACAUUUGUUCAUAUCCUUUGCUAGUUAGUGAGUUAUUAGCCCAGUUAUAGAUAAUUUGUAGUCAGCAAUGGAGGAGUGAUUGCUUCCUACAAGAGCACAAAAAGCUUUUUUUUGUCUUAAAUGGGCAGUGUUGUAUUUUGAGAGUAGCCAAUAGGCAGAGGGUAGCAUAAUUUGUCUGAUUCUCUUUAAUAAUGGAAUGGGGAUAAUGAUGCAUUUUAUUUUGUCAAGUGGUUUCGUGCAUGAAACAACACAACAACAUUUUCAGUCACCUCCGUGUCUGAAGGACAAGUGGAUAAACAGGUUAAUGUCAAGCCCUGCAGGUUUAAAAAAAAAAUAUUAUGGAAUGUAGGCCUACAUUGAACACCACACAUUGUCUGCUACUGUAGUCUGAACAAUAUAACAGCUAUUUCCAUGCUAAAAUGUUAUGAGAUGCAUUUUCUCCAUUGUUUUUGAUGGUAGGCCACUCUGGUAGGCCUACAUUAUGAUCAAAUAGCCACAGUAGCCUACUUGACCACUGUUAAAACUAACUUAAAGCAGGUACAGCCUCAGUGUAAACAGUAAACGCGCGCCGGAAGUUGCACAUAAUUUUCACAACGUUCAAGUUUGCGCUCAGCAGAUGUGAAAUUUGCUCAGUGACGAAUUUUUUUUGUAUGCUUCAUGUUUGCCUAUUGUCCAGUAGGUGUACAUUAGCCACAUUUCAAGGCUAUAGAUUAAAGUCCUCACCAUUCCAAAGUGAAAGUCUGUAUUUAUCAAGGCUUGGCUGGAUGACAGAAGAGUGAUAUGUCUUUAUCUUUGUUUCAUGGUGUUGUUUUCAUGUUCAGAACAAAUGACCAAGAGAGAGGGGAAAGGGAUAGUGGUAUACAUCUAAAUGUCAUGAAUGUCAAAUACAUUCAACGGAAACCCAGUGGAGCCUCAAGUCUCUGCAGUUUAAUGGGAAAAUUGCAAUAUUUUUUUUAAGUUAACCUUUUACAGAAAAUGCAUUUGAGUUUCAUUUUGGUCUCUGCUAAAGUAGGGCAUCUUUAUUUUACAGAUUAUAUUAUAUUAGAGAAUUGAAUAGUCACAUGUACAGGGUUGCAGGAUGUAAUUACAUGGUACAGUGAAAUUCUUAAACUCUGAGCACCAACAAUGCUGGACAAAGUAAUGUCUUUAGUGUGGAGGGAAGGAGGAGAAGUGAUGUUUGCCAGAAACACUACCUCUACUAGCGCCCUUUAUCUGGAGAUUAAACUCAGAUGACAGACAUUCCAAGAGUUUAAUCCCACCAACAGAAAUAUACUCUUGAUGGGAAUUAUAAUGAUCAUCCCAAUUCCUGACUGGAGGUGUCUUCAGAAGUAACAGUCUUAUUCAUAUCCUGUGCUGUCACUCAGUAGGGAAUAUUUGGACACUUCACAACAAAGUUGCUUUGAUUACAUAUUGGUAGCUCUUAGCAUGAAUCUUGGCAAUGGGGCUUGAAAGGCCAACAGUUAGAGCAGCAAGUCGUCUAUUUUCCAUCAACCCAGACUUUGGAGAGUGAUAGCAGGACCCGCCCAGAUCAAAUUACUGUCGGGUUCCUCUAUUGUUCCCAGAGUCACCCAGAAUAAAUAUGUCAUCAGGGAAACUGAUAUGCUCAUUGUGUGGAAUGUCAUCCCUGCUAGAGCAAUCAGUUAUCUGAAACUCGACUCUCAGCACCCAAUGGGCAUCCCCCGUUUGUUAACUUGUGACAUCUGGAAUGCUGUCAUCAAUUAGGGAAUGUCUCAGAGAUUGAUAGUAGUCUAUAUGACUAUCAGGGGUGGGUGACAGUAAUGUGACUAUUGUGACUAGCCUGAUAUUUCUACCAAGGAGAUUACUCUUAAACACAAUGAGCCAUUGAGUUUGGUUUGUACCAAAAUCCCAGCAUGUAUCUCUAAAAGAAACAGCUGUUCCUACAAUAUUGUUGUACCUCUUCCUGUUGUCACACCUGCAGUUGCAUAGGUCAUCCUCCCUGCAAUGUCACAUCCCCACAGGUAGGAGAUCAAAGGUCCACACACACACAUACAGAUUGAUAGGAACACACAUACAGAUUUUGUAUUUGCACACACAGAUACACAUUGAGGGGAAAUAAGGUCACUGAACGUGACGCUGCUUGGGGAGAACUCAGUGGAUGUGGUGUUAAUAGCUUGAAAAAGUGCAGAGCCGUGAGAUGAGUUGCAGGGGAUGCUGAUGAUAUCUCCAAUUGUUGUUACUGCUUGGUGGAAACUUGGGGUCCCAGGGGAGGAUUUGACACAGAAUGGCGUUCUCAGUCUAUGGUAUCGCUUCACCCACCAGUGUCCCGCUCCCAUAAUCCAAUUACACUCCAACAGUCAAUGGUACCUCAGCUUCACUGAGCUAUAACAGCCUUUUCACGCUGGGUUUGAGCCCAGGGGUUCUGCUAUCCCCAAAUACUAUAGCACCAAACAAACAGUCCUGCGCUUCAAAAAGGGGAAACCUGCACGCCUCAGUGAUGCACCUGAAUCAAAAUGUCAGUCCAUCAGACCAUGACCUUCAUUAGUCAUCGAGAAGCUGUUCCCCUUCCAAGAACGACAGUAUGGUUCCUCACUUGUAUGGCUGAAAGCCCCAAUUUUCUCACUGGAUAUUGGUACCUUAGUUUAUUUCAUAUUACCUCCUUUCUCUUUCCAGCCCAAUAUUGGUCGCCUUGGCAUCCCCCACGGACCAUCAGGAGAGAAGGUGGCAGUCGUUGCUGUGGACGACUGCGACAUCGCCAUGGCAAUUGGUUUUGGUGGCCAGAUCGGAAACUACUCUUGUGCCGCCCAGGGCACGCAGACAGGACAGAAGAAGUGAGUGCAGAGUCUCACAGGGUUUAUCCAGCCUCCUGUCGGGCCAAUCUUAGCUUUUCACCCCUCAUGUGGAAAGUUGUGACAGCAAUCGCCAUUUGGUUUCCCAUGUUACAUCUCAGAAAGUUCUGAUGCAGUAGACAUAAAACCUACAUCAGUAUUAAUAUGUCCUAUUUACUUCUUUACCUUAUGAUUCUUUAUUCUUAUGCAAAUGCCCAUAUCUAAAUAUGUUUCUUAUUCAAAUGUAAAUCGCACCCUGCUAGGGACAAGUUUGUUGGGUAUUAGUAAAUCACAAGAUUUCACAAUAGAGGGCAUUUUGUUAUAUGCGAGCAGUGCAUUUUUCGUAACUUGUGAUAUGAGUUCCUGUUACGCCAGCACUGGUUCCACUAAACAGUGGAGGUUUUGAUGCAGGGGUAAAGUAGUUGUAAGAGGCUUGACCAGCCUUUUGGUUUGUGUGUUGGGUCACAAUGUCAUAACAAUGUUCUAGUGUGGUUGUAGUGUGAUUGGUGCACUGUAAUGUCAAUCAGAGAAUCGUACUCAUACCAAAAGGCCUUGACUCUCCAUCCAGAAUCAGACCCAGCUGAUGGUUGUUCUAUGUUGUCCAUCUCUAGGUCCCUGGACCUGACCGGGCCACUACUUCUGGGCGGUGUUCCCAACCUGCCGGAGGAUUUCCCCGUCCGGAACCGAGAUUUUGUGGGCUGCAUGAGAGACCUGACUAUAGACAGCAAGCCUGUGGACAUGGCCAGUUAUGUGGCCAACAACGGCACGGACGCAGGUCUGUUCUAAUCCUCACAUAGGUGGUAUUCAUUUGAUAGUUGUCUUCUGUAGCUCAGUUGGUAGAGCAUGGUGCUUGUAAUGCCAGGAUAUAGUGGGUUCGAUUCUCAGGACCACUCUGUAUGUAAAAUCUGUGCACUCAUGACUGUAAGUUGCUUUGUAUAAAAGCGUCUGCUAAAUGGCAUAUUUCAACGUAUUAGUUUGAUAUUUUUGUCUAACCCUAUUGAUGCCACUGAUUGUCAUAAGCCUGUAUUACAUGUCUGUAUUCAGGGUGCACAGCGAAGAAGGACUACUGCACUCAAAGUAUGUGUCUGAACGGAGGAGUCUGUGUGAACAAGUGGAGCACAUACUCCUGUGGCUGUCCCCUGGGCUACGGAGGGAAGAACUGUGAACAAGGUAAAGGAUUUUAGGAAAAGUGUAUUGUAUAUAUUUUGGGGGGUUUCCUGUACGGGUGUGUGUCAGUCUGUAUAUCGUGUGUGUGUGUGUGCAUGUGCCCUGUGUGUAUGUAGCUAUGUGUUUUAUUGUGUGUCUCAUAAUUAAUUCCAAAUUAGUUCAAAAAGCUUCAGUCACACUCCACAAGGCUAGCGGUGAGGAAACAGACAAGGUCAAUGUGGACAAGUUUCCUGAGAAUCUCCACAUUCCUACAUUCCACAUACACACUGACCCUAACCCUGGCCCUGUUGGAAUACUUUACUAAUGCAUCCUUCCGUCCCGGCCAGCUUGAGGUAAUCACAGAUCUCAACUGGCCUUAUUGAUGGAAGCAAUAGACUGAUGGUAACCUGCUUUUCACCUAUCCUCAAGGAAGGAAGGAAGGAAGGAAGGAAGGAAGGAAGGAAGGAAGGAAGGAAGGAAGGAAGGAAGGAAGGAAGGAAGGAAGGAAGGAAGGAAGGAAGGAUGGAAGGAAGGAAGGAAGGAAGGAAGGAAGGAAGGAAGGAAGGAAGGAAGGAAGGAAGGAAGGAAGGAAGGAAGGAAGGAAGGAAGGAAGGAAGGAUUUUUUAAGUAUUUACAUUUGGUCCAGGGCCACAUGCCCACUACUACAUUUGUGAUCUGAUUAUUACCCAGAAGCAUUAUGGUGCAGUCAGUUAUACAAAAAGGGUAUAAUAUUUAUGAAGGACAUUGUAAAAAAGAACGGUAAAAUGAUGUCACACAAGCAACUAACAACAGUGUAUGGAGGUAAUAAUAAUAAUAUGCCAUUUAGCAGACGCUUUUAUCCAAAGCGACUUACAGUCAUGCGUGCAUACAUUUUUGUGUAUGGGUGGUCCCGGGGAUCGAACCCACUACCUUGGUGUUACAAGCGCCGUGCUCUACCAGCUGAGCUACAGAGGACCACAGGUGGAUGCUGAAUACAAAAUUAUAACCAACUCAUCGAGGCACUGCCACAAAAUUGGAAGAGACAAUUACUUAAAGAAGAAAUUAAAGAAUGAGUCUGUCUGCCACCCAUUAAAAAUCAUAAAUGGCUUAAAAUGAUUACCAUAAAUAGAAAAAUGUAUCAGUUUCACUUAAAGUCAAAAGGUUUGACAGCAAUACCGUAUAAAAUUCAACUCAGUUGGGAACAGGAUUUUUAUGUUCCAAUACCUUGGGAUCAGGUCUAUGAACCUUCGAGCGGUACCGGUGCAUCAAGUCUGACACCAACAGGCUCCUGAACAGCUUCAAUCCCCAAGCCAUAAGACUGCUAAAUAGCUAACUAAAUAGCUAACAAAAUGGCUACGCUGACUAUCUGAGUUGACCCUUGUAUUUAAUUACAUUUGUAUUUUUGCACUGUCUCUAUGCACACUCACAGGGCCCUACACACUACGAACACUGAUACUCCAACACACACACACUCACAGGGCCCUACACACUACGUGCACUGAUACUCCAACACACACACAAACACUCACUCCAUCAUUUGCUCACACACACAUAAUAUGCACAUACAUUUAUACUGACUCUACACACACCCACUCACAUACAAUCAUCAUAUACGCUGCUGCUACUCUGUUUAUCAUAUAUCCUGAUGUUUAGUCACCUUACCCCUAUGCAUAUCUACCUCUAUCACUCCAGUAUCCCUGCACAGUGUAAAUAUGGUACUGGAACUGACCCUGUAUAUUGUAUGCUUACUUACUUUCUCAUAUUCUUCUUCUUUUUAUUUCUCAUGUGUUUUUGUUCUACCUUUUUAUUUUUAGUAUUACAUUGUUAUUGAUUACUGCAUUGUUGGAUUUAGAGCUUGUAAGAAAGGCAUUUCACUGUACUUGUGCAAGUGACAUUAAAACGUACAACUUGAAACAUAUAAAACAACAAUUGAAACAUCAAUCCGUUCGUUUCAAUUUAAGCUAUAAAAUACUUAAGAAAAAGAAUGCUCAAUAUAUGGGGUAUUGAACAGUCAGCCUUGUGCAGACUCUGCCACAAGGAAACAGAAUCAAUAGAACAGUCAGCCUUGUGCAGACUCUGCCACAAGGAAACAGAAUCAAUAGAACAGUCAGCCUUGUGCAGACUCUGCCACGAGGAAACAGAAUCAAUAGAACAGUCAGCCUUGUGCAUGCUCUGCCACGAGGAAACAGAAUCAAUAGAACAGUCAGCCUUGUGCAGACUGUGCCACGAGGAAACAGAAUCAAUAGAACAGUCAGCCCUGUGCAGACUCUGCCACAAAGAAAUCAAUAGAACAUAUUUUCUGGUACUGUCCAUCGGUGGCUCGUUUUUGGAGUCAGGUCCAGGAAUGGUUGUUAGGUAUUAAUAUCAGGGUUCAGAUGGACCUGCAAACUGUAUUGUUAGAGGAUCUGAAAAACCAAGAUCAGUCAAUGGGAAAUAUCAUUAUACUCUUGGGUAAAGUGUUUCUUUUUAGGACAAUAUCAGUAUAAAUGUUACAAAUAUGGAGGUUCAGGACCCUUCAGUAGUUCAGUAAGACAUCACAGUCAAAUGGAGGGAUGGACUGCUAAAGAAAAUAACAAAAUGGCAUUAUACUGAGAAAGAUGGGUUAACCUGUGGACAUCGGAGGGUUGGAGUUAGAUCAGAAAGCAUGGUGGAUUGGCCGCUGUGGGUGAAAAUCCAGCACUUGAAGAAAGAGGAAAUUAGAAAUAUAUGUAUAAUUAUUUAAAGUGGAAAUCAGCAGUUGCUACAUCCAUUUUUGGAUUUAUAAGUUCAUUAUAUACAGUGGGGGGGAAAAGUAUUUAGUCAGCCACCAAUUGUGCAAGUUCUCCCACUUAAAAAGAUGAGAGAGGCCUGUAAUUUUCAUCAUAGGUACACGUCAGCUAUGACAGACAAAUUGAGAUUUUUUUUCUCCAGAAAAUCACAUUGUAGGAUUUUUGAUGAAUUUAUUUGCAAAUUAUGGUGGAAAAUAAGUAUUUGGUCACCUACAAACAAGCAAGAUUUCUGGCUCUCACAGACCUGUAACUUCUUCUUUAAGAGGCUCCUCUGUCCUCCACUCGUUACCUGUAUUAAUGGCACCUGUUUGAACUUGUUAUCAGUAUAAAAGACACCUGUCCACAACCUCAAACAGUCACACUCCAAACUCCACUAUGGCCAAGACCAAAGAGCUGUCAAAGGACACCAGAAACAAAAUUGUAGACCUGCACCAAGCUGGGAAGACUGAAUCUGCAAUAGGUAAGCAGCUUGGUUUGAAGAAAUCAACUGUGGGAGCAAUUAUUAGGAAAUGGAAGACAUACAAGACCACUGAUAAUCUCCCUCGAUCUGGGGCUCCACGCAAGAUCUCACCCCGUGGGGUCAAAAUGAUCACAAGAACGGUGAGCAAAAAUCCCAGAACCACACGGGGGGACCUAGUGAAUGACCUGCAGAGAGCUGGGACCAAAGUAACAAAGCCUACCAUCAGUAACACACUACGCCGCCAGGGACUCAAAUCCUGCAGUGCCAGACGUGUCCCCCUGCUUAAGCCAGUACAUGUCCAGGCCCGUCUGAAGUUUGCUAGAGUGCAUUUGGAUGUUCCAGAAGAGGAUUGGGAGAAUGUCAUAUGGUCAGAUGAAACCAAAAUAUAACUUUUUGGUAAAAACUCAACUCGUCGUGUUUGGAGGACAAAGAAUGCUUAGUUGCAUCCAAAGAACACCAUACCUACUGUGAAGCAUGGGGGUGGAAACAUCAUGCUUUGGGGCUGUUUUUCUGCAAAGGGACCAGGACGACUGAUCCGUGUAAAGGAAAGAAUGAAUGGGGCCAUGUAUCGUGAGAUUUUGAAUAAUAAUGAAAACCUCUUUCCAUCAGCAAGGGCAUUGAAGAUGAAACGUGGCUGGGUCUUUCAGCAUGACAAUGAUCCCAAACACACCGCCCGGGCAACGAAGGAGUGGCUUCGUAAGAAACAUUUCAAGGUCCUGGAGUGGCCUAGCCAGUCUCCAGAUCUCAAACCCAUUGAGUUGAAAGUCUGUGUUGCCCAGCGACAGCCCCAAAACAUCACUGCUCUAGAGGAGAUCUGCAUGGAGGAAUGGGCCAAAAUACCAGCAACAGUGUGUGACAACCUUGUGAAGAUUUACAGAAAACGUUUGACCUGUGUCAUUGCCAACAAAGGAUAUAUAACAAAGUAUUGAGAAACUUUUGUUAUUGACCAAAUACUUAUUUUCCACCAUAAUUUGCAAAUACAUUCAUUAAAAAUCCUACAAUGUGAUUUUCUGGAUUUUUCUUCCUCAUUUUGUCUGUCAUAGUUGACGUGUACCUAUGAUGAAAAUUACAGGCCUCUCUCAUCUUUUUAAGUGGGAGAACUUGCACAAUUGGUGGCUGACUAAAUACUUUUUUCCCCCACUGUAUACCCAUUGAUUCUUGAAGAAUAUAACUUAUGAAUGCCUCAUGAGCUUAGUUCAACUGUCGUACCCCAUCAGAACCCAAAAUAUAAGCUUGUUUUACUCCAAAGUUUAUAAACAUAGAAAAUGUAAACAAACACUAUAUAGCCUCAAACUCGGUUACAACAAUAAUUUGUAUAUCAUUGAUGGUCAAUCCUUGCAUCCAUAGCUCUUUCUAUGAAUUUGUGAGUGAUUACAUUUCUCCAGCCCCAUCCCUCAGCUUUUUACCAAACCAGGGGUGGGAGAUCACUUUAUUUUUUUCUAUUGCUGAUUGCCACUUUAACUACAGGCACUGUAGAUCUGAGCGAAAUAGCUGGAAGUAGCAGUAGAAGUAUUGUAGUCCGUUAGUUUACUUCAUUAGGGUAGGGAUGGUAGGGUAGGGGGGAUUAUAAAUUAUGCAGACAAUGAUAGAUAGAACCUACAAUCUAUCUGUAAUAUUAUAACUGAUCUACCCCCCCUAAUUGGCUUUAUGUUUUCAGAAAGUUUCACCCAAUUCAUAGAAGUACCUUGAAAGGGUGAUAGGGCACAGUGAGUGUAAACGCUGUUGCAACCAAUGACCUGGCGGGAUGUCUCCAAAUGUCUCAGGCUGUGAAAUACAGCUAAUUACCGGGCAAUAUCUGGGCGUGUCCACGUGUGUGUGUUUCUCAAUCUCAUUAAAAUCUAUGUUCUUACAAGAAUGUGAUACUGAAGAUGAAUGUAUGUACAUUAUGUAUAAGGAACAGUUGCAUGAUUGUGAAUCACAAUAACAGGGUCAUUCCACCAAUUCUGUGCCUUUUGAACUUGGUCAAACAAAACUUUGGAUUUCAUCACAUUUUUACAUUCUGUCAUAAAGAGCACAUGUUCAACCAUAAAAAACAAGUUUUCCCAUCUCAAGAAAAAAUGACUAUAGUAUGUGCCUAUUAAGUGCCAAAUAAAGUAAGGGGUUGACCUUGACAGGGUUGACGAUUUAUUGUUAAAUCAGCCAUAAAUGCCCUUCUGACAGGGGGCAUGGAAACUUGUUGUGUGCAAAAGGGAGAGGCAAUUGAACGCAAGCUUCACAAAAACAAGGAAAUUGUUAAAACAUUUCUAGCCUGUCUAUCUAUGAGUGACAGGGUUGACGUGUAUCGCUCAACCGGCUCACUUUUCCUCCACAAAACACCAGAAAAUGGCCAAGAAGAGUAGAAACAGCUCACCUGCUUUUACUCUAUGAUUUAACUAUUAUAUGUUCAAUGUUUAUUUAGAUUUUUGUAUUUAUGUUUUGGAAUAGUUUCACCAUAUUGAAACGAGUUCCAUUCACGUAAAAGGAUUGACCUUAAAAUGAGGGACAGAUGUAAAUAAAUCACUAAUCACAUAAAAUAAACUAUAAUCUUCAGUAAUGACUUUGUCAAAGCAGCAAAAUAACUAGGGCUUUACAAAGAUGGUGAAAUUUAGAGACAUUUAGGGAUUAAGUGGUUUAAUAAAAUAUUCCUAGAAGUGACACAGGAUUGACGGAGGGACAUGUCAAAUGCUGAAUAUUGGCACUUUAGCAAGCCUUUAUUCAUAUAAAAACACAGAUUUAUUGAAUUGUCCAUGUGGUCUAUAUUAAAGGGCACUUCAUUUAAUAUAACAGUCUUUUAAAAUGCAACAUUGGUGCACAAUUUCUAUCAAAGGCACUCAUUUCGUGGAACGACCCAUUAAUCACCAUUUCAUGUGGAUGUUUAAGCUGUGAUUGUCCAGGAAGCAAUGAACAAGUACAGACUCUAUCCACAACUUUUACUGCUGAGCUCAUCCUCUGCAAGACCAUACACACAGAAGAGCUACCUGUAUGGCAAUGAUGUAAUGAUAGCCCCUGGAUGUGUUGCCAUGGCUUUGUAGUCAGGAUUUAGUCAGGCUAUUUGGAACAAGGCCUAGAACGGACCUAGUCAAUCGAGCCUCUCGUGUGGAAUUACCAAAGUCAUUUUGUGAUUAAGUAACAUUUGACUUGUAUUCAUUUGACUCUAGUUGGUUCUCCAACUAAAGUGACCCUAUCUGUUUCCCUUCCUCCAGUCAUGCCCUCCCCGCAGCACUUCGACGGCCAUGCCCUGGUGUGGUGGCGCGAGCCGGAGGUCACCAUCAGUGUGCCCUGGUACAUGGGCUUGAUGUUCAGAACCAGGCAGAGCUCUGGCACCCUGCUGCAGGCCAACGCUGGGGACUUCUCCAAGAUACACCUCCUGGUGAGUAGAGCGGGGCAGCCCACAGCCUACACAACACACAGGGCCUUCCUCCAUGUUAUUAAGGCCGGGUAAAGGCUAAGCUAAUGCUAUGAUAAGGUUAACGUAAUGCUAUGAUAAGGCUAAGCUAAUGCUAUGAUAAGGUUAACGUAAUGCUAUGAUAAGGCUAAGCUAAUGCUAUGAUAAGGUUAAGCUAAUGCUAUGAUAAGGCUAAGCUAAUGCUACGAUAAGGUUAAGCUAAUGCUAUGAUAAGGCUACGCUAAUGCUAUGAUAAGGUUAAGCUAAUGCUAUGAUAAGGUUAAGCUAAUAUGCUGGCGUUAAAUGACUCAACCUCAUGUUCUCUCUUUCUUGUCCCCCCCCCCCCUUCUCUCAUGUCACCCUCCUCUCUCUCCCUCUUUCUCUGCCUUCCAUCUGCUUUCUCUCUCACCAUCUCCCUCUCUCCCUGACUCCAGAUCAGCGGCAGACAUGUGCGUUUCCAGGUGUUCCUGGGGGUGAAGCGGGUUGCCCUGCUGGACUUCUCUCAGGUCAGGGUGAACGACGGGGAGUGGCACCACGUCCUGGUGGAGCUGAAGAGUAUCAAAGACGGGAAGGACAUCAAAUACAUGGCCCUGGUAUCACUGGACUACGGCAUGUUCCAGGUACUCACUGACUCACUGACUGGCAGCACUGUAUUUGUGUGUUCUGUACUAGUGUUUGUGAAUGUAAUGUAUGAUAUGUAUGCACAAUACACAUGGUCUUUGCAAGUGUUCUAUGGGUGGGUGCAUUCCACAGAGGUCAGUGGAGAUAGGCAAUGAGCUGCCAGGACUGAGGCUGAGGAGUCUGUUUGUGGGGGGGCUGAGGAAGGAGGAUGGGACAGUCCAGAGCGGACUCAAGGGCUGCAUGCAGGUGAGCCUCACACACACCAUUUAUCUGUACCGUACUCAUUAGUCAACGCCAACACAACACUGAUGGUCCUCUACUCUCCUGUGUUGCCAGGGCGUGCGGAUGGGCGAGACGUCCACCAACCUGGCCAACGUCAACAUGCUUCAGGGUCAGAAGGUCCGAGUGGAGGAUGGUUGUGAGGUGGCUAACCCCUGCACCGCUAACGUCUGCCCUGAGCACAGCCGCUGCACCGACAACUGGAGCUCACAUACCUGUAUGUGCCACCCCGGUAAGCCCCCCGAACAGGACCCACUACCAUAAAAAAAUACCUUUAGUAGGUUGUCCAUCCACUCCGCCCAGAGUGGGUCAAAAAACACACUUUGGUGUUGACAUUUCACUUCCUUAUGUUAGAAAAUACAUUUUAUCAAGACAAAUAUGAUUCAUCAUGUUCUGAAUCGUUCAGUGGGGUCUUUCUCCAUCAUUUCAUUAACAUUAUAUCCAAGUAGUCGGAUUUCGUAACCUAAUACGUCUAAUAAUAAGCACCGAGCUCUGUUGACAUAGCGGUACAGGUUUCUCAUAAUAACAUUUAGAGGAUUAAUAUGAACAGUGUAUACUCAAAUAUGAAAAUACUACAUGUCAUGUCUCAAAAUCGAUAUCCAUCUUACCUCUAUAUUGUUUUAUGUCCUGCGGGAUCCAAGAAGCAAGAUGACGAGUUCAACUGUUUUUUUCUCUAGCCUCCAUUGAUUUAGUGACCCUAAUUCUGGCCAUCCUACAAUGGUAAAAACUCCAAUAACUUUUGAACGGAUUAUGAUAGAGACUUGGGGUUUGGACCAUUGGUUUUCUUAGAGGAUUAUUCACUCAUUGGUCAAACUGUGUGUUUAUAUAAUUUAUUCCCAGGGUACUUUGGGAGGGACUGUGUGGACGCGUGUCUCCUGAAUCCCUGUCAGCGUGUGUCCACCUGUGUCCGCCAGCCCAGUUCCCCCCAUGGCUACAGCUGCCAGUGUGACCACAACUCCUACGGACAGUACUGCCAGAACAAGUGAGUACCGACACUGAUCUAAGGACAGUUUCUUUUUGGGGGGUUUUGGGCUUUUUAGUGUCCGUUUUUUAACUCACCUGGAGAUCAUUAAACCCCCACCUGCUAUGAGUCAGCGCCAGUUCUGAUAUUUCUGGAAACAAUUCACUUUGUUUCAGAGCUUACCCCAGUAACCCCACUUAACCCCUACCGUACCACUCAGCACAUUCCAUCAACCUGUGUAGUAAUUUGGUUUUGUAAACUGUUGCCCCUUGGCUUUGGUAUUCGUUGGUGUUAAAUAGAUCUAUAGUAGUUUUGGCAUUGGCUUAGCAUAUUUCAACUCCCUUAUGAUUUGCUCAUGGUUUUCAUUGGUGUAUCCUUGCUUGCUAUGAUAAACGGGGUUCUAAGUGGAAUAACACUUGGUUCUGUUGUUCUCCAGAGCCAACCUACCCUGUGCUCGUGGCUGGUGGGGGAACCCUGUCUGUGGCCCAUGUAACUGUGAUGUCAGCAAAGGGUUCUACCGAGACUGCAACAAGACCACUGGGGACUGCCGCUGUAAGGUACGGAAAAGUAUUAACCACACGUAGUCUCUUCUGGGCAUGUGUUCUAGCUGUCCCCAUUCCUUCCUGUGUUGCAUGCUCAGCUCAUGCUCUCUCCUGCCUUCAGGAUAACUACUACCGGCCAGAGGGAGGGGACACUUGCUACUCCUGUGAGUGUUUCCAGCUUGGCGCCAUGUCACGCUCCUGCCACCCUCACACGGGCCAGUGUCAGUGCAGGACAGGCGUGAUCGGGCGCCAGUGUAACCGCUGUGACAACCCCUUUGCCGAGGUCACCUCCAGCGGGUGCAUGGGUAAGCAUCUUACUAACUCUUACUAAAGCAUCUUACUAACUCAUUCGCUCCCUGACCUAAACCCUAACUCAUUUGCUCCCUGACCCUGACCUAAACCCUAACUCAUUCGCUCCCUGACCUUGACCCUGACCCUAAUCCUAACUAAUUCGCUCCCUGACCCUGACCCUGACCCUGACCCUAACUCUUACUAACUAAUUCGCUCCCUGACCCUGACCCUGACCCUAACUCAUUCGCUCCCUGACCCUGACCCUGACCCUGACCCUAACCCUUACUAACUAAUUCGCUCCCUGACCUUGACCCUGACCCUAACUCCUUCGCUCCCUGAUCAAAGACUGCUUGUUCUUGGUUGUUCUAAUCUCUUCACUAGUUGUAUAUGAGGGCUGUCCCAAGGCCUUUGAUGCAGGGAUCUGGUGGCCAAAGACCCAGUUUGGACAACCCGCUGCCAUGAAGUGUCCCAAACGAUCCACAGGUAAGCACAGCAACCCUUUUCAGAAUGUGAAAAUGUAUUGGAAAUGCAUACAUUUUAUUGAAAUUUUACCAGACUAUACUGUUCAUACUGUUGUUAUCCUGUUGAUUUCCUCAACAUGUCAGCUAAAAGGCAAUAGAGGUCAACAGAGAAUCGUCACAAUCAGUCCUCCUCUUCCUUACCCUUCUCUCCCCGUCUUUCUCCUCCCCACUAGGCACUGCCAUCCGCCACUGCAGCGAUGAGAACGGCUGGCUGCCUCCCGAUCUCUUCAACUGCACCUCUCUCACCUUCUCUCAGCUGAAAAAAGAGGUAUGUCUUGAUUUAACCUUUAUUCAAAUGCAGGAAGUCCCAUUGAGAUUAAAACCCUCCUUUAUCAUUGAGACACCUGUCUGACCUCUGACCUCUCCCUGACCUCUGGCCUUCAGGACGAGGAGCUGCAACUCAACAGCUCCAGGAUGGACGGUGAGAGGUCAAAGGGCAUGGCCAGCAUGCUGCGUAGCGCCACCAACCGCACGGCGGACCUCCAGGGCAACGACGUGAAGACGGCCUACAGCCUCCUGACCCGCCUGCUGCAGUACGAGAGCCAACAGCUGGGCUUCGACAUGGCCACCACGAGAGACAUUCACUUCCAUGAGGUGGGCCACUAGAAACAUGCUUCAACUAGUGUUUACAUUUACAUUUACCUCAUUUAGCAGACACUCUUAUCCAGAGCCACUUACAAAUUGGUGCAUUCAACUUAUGAUAGCCAGUGGGACAACCACUUUAUUUUAUUUUUUUAUGGGGGGUGGGGGAAGAAGGAUUACUUUAUACUAUUCCAGGUAUUCCUUAAAGAGGUAGGGAUUCAAGUGUCUCCGGAAGGUGGUCAGUGACUCCGCUGUCCUGGCGUCGUGGGGGAGCUUGUUCCACCAUUGGGGUGCCAGAGCAGCGAAUAGCUUUGACUGGGCUGAGCGGGAACUGUGCUUCCGUAGAGGUAGGGGAGCUAGCAGGCCAGAGGUGGAUGAACGUAGUGCCCUCGUUUGGGUGUCGGGUCUGAUCAGAGCCUGAAGGUAAGGAGGUGCCGUUCCCCUCACAGCUCCGUAGGCAAGCACCAUGGUCUUGUAGUAGAUGCGAGCCUCAACUGGAAGCCAGUGGAGUGUGCGGAGGAGCGGGGUGACAUGAGAGAACUUGGGAAGGUUGAACACCAGACGGGCUGCAGCGUUCUGGAUAAGUUGUAGGGGUUUAAUGGCACAGGCAGGGAGCCCAGCCAACAGCGAGUUGCAGUAAUCCAGAUGGGAGAUGACAAGUGCCUGGAUUAGGACCUGUGCCGCUUUCUGUGUAAGGUAGGGUCGUACUCUGCGAAUGUUGUAGAGCAUGAACCUGCAGGAUCGGGUCACCGCUUUGAUGUUAGCGGAGAACGACAGGGUGUUGUCCAGGGUCACGCCAAGGUUCUUUGCACUCUGGGAGGAGGACACAAUGGAGUUGUCAACUGUGAUGGCGAGAUCAUGGAGCGGGAAGUCCUUCCCCGGGAGGAAGAGCAGCUCCGUUUUGCCGAGGUUCAGCUUGAGGUGGUGAUCCGACAUCCAUACUGAUAUGUCUGCCAGACAUGCAGAGAUGCGAUUCGCCACCUGGUUAUCAGAAGGGGGAAAGGAAAACAUUAAUUGUGUGUCGUCUGCGUAGUAAUGAUAGGAGAGACCAUGUGAGGAUAUGACAGGACAGAGCCAAGUUACUUGGUGUAUAGAGAGAAUAGGAGAGGGCCUAGAACUGAGCACUGGGGGACACCAGUGGUGAGAGCACGUGGUGCGGAGACAGAUUCUCGCCACGCCACCUGGUAGGAGCGACCUGUCAGGUAGGACGCAAUUCAAGAGUGAGCAGCGCCUGAGAUGCCCAACUCGGAGAGGGUGGAGAGGAGGAUCUGAUGGUUCACAGUAUCAAAGGCAGCGGAUAGGUCUAGAAGGAUAAGAGCAGAGGAGAGAGAGUUAGCUUUAGCAGUGCCAUGUAGUGCUCUUCCUCAGCUCUCAAAUAAUGUGUUGAGGUUGAAAUGAUAAGAUAGACAGGAUAGUUAUGGAGUUAGCAGGUUCAUUGGCCUUAGCAACACUACUAAUUACAAUGAUGUCAGGAACUCAUACACUCUUAGAACCUAAAAGGGUUCUUUAGUUGUCCCCAUAGGAGAACCCUUUUGAAGAACCCUUUUUGGUUACAGGUAGAACCCUUUUUGGUUUCAGGUAGAACUCUUUUGGGUUCCAUAUAGAACCCUCUAUGGAAAGGGUUCUAUGUGGAACUCAAAAAGGUUCUACCUGGAACCAAAAGGGUUCUACCUGGAACCAAAAAGAGUUAUUCACAAGGGUUCUCCUAUGGGGACAGCUGAAGAACCCUUUCAGGUUCAGGACCUUUUUUUCUAAAAGUGUAGAAAUAUACCCUCAAAUAUUCUCAAGUUCUCUAUCAUAUGUUUACCCUAAAUGUUCUCUCACAGUUUUCGGAGACUCGCUCAAAGUUGAAUGAAUGACCCACAUUGUUAAGCUCAACUGCUUAAGGAUCCUACUAACUUUAAGUCGCUAAUAGUUUCCACAAAUCCUGCUUAUAGCUGGUACUGGUUUGCUAAGAGCCUGUUGUCCCAGUUGGAGAUUUCUCCCCCUAUAGAGAAUGUGAUCCAGAGCCUAUUAUGUGUAAGUAAUACAGCGGAAUGAUUAGCAUGUUCUCUAUGAGCUUUAUUAACAUGCUCAAUGAGCUUUAUGACCAGACUGGGCGCUGAUGGCUAACAGUGUGCAUUCUUGGCACCAGCCCCAGCUCUUUGGGAUGUGUUAGAUGCCAGAAGGUGCAGCUGGAAGGGUUUAGGGUGUCAAGUACCAAUCAGAAUGGGUGAUUGAGCCAAUGAAAGUAGCAGUUCCCCCAGGGGUGGUUGGGCGUGGGGCCAGAUUGCACAGGUGCUGUUAUGAGAUGAUGUCUGUACAGUGACCCCCCCCCCUUCCUUUAUAGGGCAGCUCUCCUUUCCUUCUCUUGUUUUCUUUGUUUCUCUCUGUUCUGUUGACAUUGUUUUCACAUGCUUCAUUUGGGAUAUAUGAUACCAAUUAUGCAUUCUGUUUGUCUCGGGUGUAUACUGGCCACACAGGUCAAUGCAGAGUACUACAUAGUAAAGAUGUGAUGUAGGUGUAUGACAUGCCCUGUUAAUAUUCUAGAACAUGGUCCGAGCGGGCAGUGCCAUCCUGGACCCUGCUAACAGAGGACACUGGGAGCAGAUCCAGCGUUCCGAAGGUGGUACAGCCCUACUACUGCACAGCUUUGAGGAUUACGCACAAGCCCUGGCCCAAAACAUGAGGAAGACCUACCUGAAACCCUUUACUGUUGUCACGGAAAACAUGAGUGAGUCCAUCUGCAGUGCAAUGACACAAUUAUUUUGUUGCAGUAACAUAAUUUGCAUGACUAAUUAACGCACAGUAAGGUUGCAUUGUGCAUUUAAAACAACCUACCACCAAUACCUCUCGUGUGAGACAAGCAUAAUUAUCACACAUUCUCUCUCUCUGUGCUCACAGUUGUUUCUGUGGAUUACUUGGACCCGUCCAGGCCAGAACGAACAAACAUCCCGCAUUUCCAAGAGAUCCAGGAGGCCUAUUCCAAAGAGAUGGAAUCUUCUGUCCGCUUCCCAGAAUUCCCAACACAGCACGAGCAGCCAGAGGAGGUUAAAGGUGGGAUUAAAGUAGUAGAACAGCAUAGACAUUUUGUGGUUCAUUACGUCGCUUUCACAACGUAAAUAGUCAGUUAAUUAAAGAGGCAAUCUGCGAUUGCGACAUCCAUUUUUGGACUUUUAAAUUAAUUAUAUAUACUCAUUCAUUCUUGAAGAUUCUAACUUAACCUUCCCGUUGUCCUAGGGUCAAAAUGACCCGCCACUGUGUUGAACCAACUUUAUUAAAUUUUUAUAUUUUUGGGAUCAUUUGUGAAAAGGAGGCAGUGAGACUUUAAAGAAAGUAUCACUGUCUCCUUCUCACAAAUGAUCCAAAAAAUAUAAAAAUUAAAUAAAGUUGGUUCAACACAGUGGCGGGUCAUUUUGACCCUAGGACAACGGGAGGGUUAAAGACUCUCCAUUCUCAUCUUUCAACUGUUCACUAAAACGUUGUUAUUGUUUCAACUACAGAUUGCCCCUUUAAGUCUGAGCUGUACUGUAUAAACAGUUUGUCAAGUUUUUCAACCAGUCUGGUAGAGUUUUUUAUGUGAGAUUCAUUCAUUCAUUAAUUGUCAUAGUAUCGGUUUCAAUCGUUACAGCAGUCUCGAUAGCAACAGCCACAGAUGCAACAGCCACAAACGCGCCCCCUGUCCAGGCUGAAUCCACUGAAUCCAGCACCGUUGGUCACCAGGCGUCUGCCAAGAAAAAGCGUCGUCACGCUGAGGUCCCAGGCCCUCUCCCUGUUGCCGUGGUGAUCAUCUAUAGGACCCUGGGACAGCUACUGCCUGAGAACUACGACAUUGAUCGCAGGAACCUGAGGUAUUGUUUACCACUGGGAAAGCUGGGUUUGGUUUUUGCCUAGUUUUCCUUGUGAUAGAUGUUUUUAUGCUACCUCACUAUAGGCCAGGGAUGUGGCUAUAGGCCAGGCCAGUGCAACUUUGAAAGGGUGGGGGCCACAAAAGAUCUGAACACAUCAUGAAGGGCCACAGUGUACCCACAUCCAUACCCCAAAAAAUUUCACCUUCCGAAUAAAACAUUUUAGCGGCCCCCCUCUUGAGAGCGGAGAGAAAAAACAUAUUGUUUAAUUUUCUGCAAUUCUUAAAAUGUUGCCAUGGGGUGGAGAGAAGAUUUAGCAACCUUUUUAAAACAAAUUUCAUGCAUUUCUACAAAUUUUGCUAUGGGGCAGAGAGGAACUUUGCAGUUUUUAAUAUGAUAUCCGAGUGAGAGUGACUAACAAAGUCAAUGGGGCCCUCCGGUCGGUAAUUGGACCAUGAUUACUACAAAUGUAGAUAGCUGGCUAGACUAAUGUAUCAAUCAAAAAAACAAUCACCUGACAUGGGCUAAUUGAGUGACUGUCAUUGACUAACAUAGCAAGAGAAAAACUGCUGAUACACAACCACAUUUGUUUUUUUUGUGGGGGGGGGGGGGAUUUAUCCGCGGGCCUAGAAAAGGGGGGCCACCAUCUGCCCUGCUAUAGGCCCUUGUGGAAAGUCACUCUCGAUAUGAACAUCUCUUGGAUGACUAAAGUCAAUGUAAACAUAAAUGUGUGUGUGUAUGUGUGUGUGUGUGUGUGUGUUUAGACUCCCCAAAAGGCCCAUCAUCAACACACCUAUUGUGAGCACGGUGGUCUACAGUGAGGGGGUGCCCUUGACCCCUCUUCUGGCACAGCCUAUCACACUGGAAUACACACUGCUGGAGACAGAGGAGAGGACCAAACCUGUCUGUGUCUACUGGAAUCACUCCAUCCUGUAAGGAUGAGCAUACCUAUCAAUUCUCUUACUCACAUCGUAGAUUUAGAUGGAGUUUAACUCUAUUAUAUUCAAGAACACAAAUCAUUUACAACAAUAUCUAUUUUGGGUCCAGGGUUCAAGGAACGGGAGGCUGGUCUGCCAGGGGGUGUGAGCUGGUGUUCAGAAACAGCACCCACAUCAGCUGUCAGUGCAGUCACAUGUCCAGCUCUGCUGUGCUCAUGGACAUCUCCAAGAGAGAGGUACCACCCCGAUCCCCCUACCAAACACUCAGUCAUGGUGACUCAGCUUGUGUUAACUUCUAUUAUUUGAUCUUACCCCUGGCCUUGUGUACCUCCUCAGCAUGGAGAGGUCCUGCCCCUGAAGAUCAUCACCUACACCACGGUUUCGGCCUCGCUGGUGGCCCUCCUCAUCACCUUCCUCCUGCUGGCCAUCCUCCGGAAGCUCCGCUCUAACCUCCACAGCAUCCACAAGAACCUGGUGGUGUCAAUCUUCCUCUCCCAGCUUGUCUUCCUCUUUGGAAUCAACCAGACUGAGAAUGCGGUGAGGCCCUAGCACACAACCCUGAGGCACAUCCGAAAAACACUUUAUUUUGUCUUAUUGCGUUAUUAUAGACUGUCUACUUGUCGAUAUACACUACAUGACCAAAAGUAUGCUCGUCAAACAUCUCAUUCCAAAAUCAUGGGCAUUAAUAUGGAGUUGGUCCCCCCUUUGCUGCUAUAACAGCCUCCACUCUUUUGGGAAGGCUUUCCACUAGAUGUUGGAACAUUGCUGCGGCCACAAGAGCAUUAGUGCGGUUGGGCACUGAUGUUGGGCGAUUAGGCCUGGCUCGCAGUCAGCGUUCCAAUUCAUCCCAAAGGUGUUCGAUGGGGUUGAGGUCAGGGCUCUGUGCAGGCCAGUCAAGUUCUUCCACACCGAUCUCGACAAACCAUUUCUGUAUGGACCUCGCUUUGUGCAUGGGUGCAUUGUCAUGCUGAAACAGGAAAGGGCCUUCCCCAAACUGUUGCCACAAAGUUGUAAGCACAGAAUUGUCUACAAUGUCAUUGUAUGCUGUAGCUGGAACUAAGAGGCCUAGCCCGAACCAUGAAAAACAGCUCCAGACCAUUAUUCCUCCUCCACCAAACUUUACAGUUGGUAAUAUGCAUUCGGGCAGGUAGCGUUCUCCUGGCAUCUGACAAACCCAGAUUCGUCCGUCGGACUGCCAGAUGGUGAAGUGUGAUUAGUCACUCCAGAGAACGUGUUUCCACUGCUCCAGAGUCCAAUGGCAGCUAGCUUUACACCACUCCAGCCGACGAUUGGCAUUGUGCAUGGUGAUCUUAGGCUUGUGUGCGGCUGCUCGGCCAUGGCAACCCAUUUCAUGAAGCUCCCGACAAACAGUUGUGCUGGUGUUGCUUCCAGAAGCAGUUUGAAACUCGGUAGUGAGUGUUGCAACCGAGUACAGAUGUUUUUUUAAGCGUUACAUGCUUCAGCACUCGGCGGUCCCAUUCUGUGAGCUUGUGUGGCCUACCACUUCGCGGCUGAGCCGUUGUUGCUCCUAAACGUUUCCACUUCACAAUAACAGCACUUACAGUUGACCGGGGCAGCUCUAACAGGGCCGAAAUUUGACGAACUGACUUGUUAGAAAGGUGGCAUCCUAUGACGGUGCCAUGUUGAAAGUCACUGAGCUCUUCAGUAAGGCCAUUCUACUGCCAAUACACCUGUCAGCAACGGAUGUGGCUGAAAUAGCCAAGUCCACUAUUUUGAAGGGGUGUACACAUACUUUUGUAUAUAUAGUGUACCUGCAGGCUACUCUCAUUAACCAAAAUAGCCAAUUAAAUUGAUUUGAAAACCGAAAAACAGUAGCUAUUCUGUUAAGGAAAACAUAAGUGUAUGUAAAUAAUUAGCCUACAUGUCAAAGUGUGUAGGUGAUAGCUUAUGCGAAUUGGCUACAUCCUGCCAUGUCUAGACCAAUGCUGACAUGAGGAAGGCUAGUCCUCUCACCCCCCUUGAGGCUACUCCCCCUCCCCCCUAGGGCUAGUCCCCUCACCCCUCUUGAGGUUACUCAAGAGUACCUUUUACAUUUUAGUCAUUUAGCAGAUGCUAAAUGUCUGUUUGGCAAUGUGUGGAUUUGGCCUCAGCCAUCGCAUUGUGUUCUGUUGUUAUAGAUUAGCAGUUACUGAACCAGACUUAUUUCACAGACAGCUUAAAUAACAAUUAGCACAGUUGGAUUUCUUAACGGUGUGUUUAAUCAUCUUUGCCCUCUCUGUCCCUCAGUUCAUGUGUACAGUGGUAGCCGUCCUGCUGCACUACUUCUACAUGUGUACGUUUGCCUGGAUGUUCGUGGAGGGCCUUCACAUCUACCGCAUGCUGACUGAAGUCAGGAACAUCAACCAUGGCCGCAUGAGGUUUUACUACGCCAUUGGCUGGGGCAUUCCUGCCAUUAUCACCGGUGAGUGAGACACUCACACACACACACACACACACACACACAGCCAGAUAUGCAUGUAAAGACAGAGAGGAACACAGAUGCAUUGAAACGACAUAAUCUGGAAGCACAUGCUCACUGUGUGUGUGUUUUUCCUCUCUUGUAGGCCUGGCAGUAGGGUUGGACCCUGAGGGCUAUGGGAACCCAGACUUCUGUUGGCUCUCUGUCCACGACACACUCAUCUGGAGUAUCGCUGGGCCCAUCGCUAUAGUAGUACUGGUGAGUGUGUGUGUAGAUGCUGUUUAUUUGUUGUACUAUACUGGAUACUGGAUUGGUUCUGGCCAGUGGAUUAUGUUAUUCAUCUCCAUCUCAUCUAGGUCAACAUUGCUUUAUUCUUCCUGGCCGCCAAGGCCUCGUGCGGAAAGAGACAGUGGACAUUAGAGAAGUCUGAAGCAAUGUGAGUACUUAGAGACAGGAUAACCAUACAGGGUUAGAAAAUAGUUGGCACGUAGCAUACCAUGUUGUCUGGAUUCCAUUCAAACAUAACAAAUAUUUCCUCUCCAGCUGUUCCCUACAUGUAGCCUUCCUCCUCCUGUUGCUCCUCAGUGCUACCUGGGUCCUGGGCCUCAUGGCAGUCAACAGUGACAUCCUCUCCUUACACUACCUCUUUGCCAUUUUCAGCUGCCUUCAGGUACUUGGCUUUUUGUGUUGUCAAAAACAGUGCUUCAAAAAGCCUUACAGUGGUUCGAUUUAUCUGUGUCUCUGUCUCUGUGUCUCUGUCUCUGUGUCUCUCUCUCUCUCUCUCUCUCUCUCUCUCUCUCUCUCUCUCUCUCUCUCUCUCUCUCUCUCUCUCUCUCUCUCUCUCUCUCUCUCUCUCUCUCAGGGUAUAUGCAUAUUCUUCUUCCACUGUGUUUUCAACAAGGCGGUGAGGACCAACCUGAAGAAUGUCCUCACAGGAAGGAAAUCCAUAGUGGAGGAGUAUACUGCCACCCGCUCCACUCUCCUCACAGUGAGUACAGACCAGUCCAUAGUUAAGUGUAGUAAACCUGUACAUUUAUGUUGAAAAAUGAGUUAUGAGUUGUAUCGGGCGGCAGGCAGCCUAGCGGUUAAGAGCACUUGGCCAGUAAUCGAAAUGUUGCUUGUACGAAUCCCCGAGCCGACUAGGUGAAAGAUCUGUCGAUGUGCCCUUGAGCAAGGCACUUAACCCUAAUUACUCUUGUAAGUCACUCUGGGUAAGAGCGUCUGCUAAAUGACAAAUUGAAUGUAUUACUUCUUUGUGUCCCCAGCGUUCACUGAAUGCUAAGCAUUCGUACACAGAGGAGGACAGUCUGUACCGCACGGCCAUCGGAGAGUCCACUGCCUCCCUGGACAGUACAGUCAGAUCAGCCCGCAGCUUCAGCAGAAGCCAGGCCAGGUGACUUACUGGGUUGAAACUGGGUUCUACGUAGCUAGCAGAUUGUGAUGGGCUAAUGUGAUGCUCUAUUAGCCGUUACAGGUUAGGUACUGUUUGGCAUAGCACAGAGAAUUUUCUACCAAACUUAACUUGCCGAUACUUCCUCAAUUCCCGACUUGGAAGACAACCAAUGUCUUCUAAACAUCCAUGUCUAGUUGCAGGGGGUUCUUUUGAAUUUAGAAAAUGCUCCGUUGUUAAAUAAAUACAAUUCUCCAUGAAGUAAUCCAACAAUGUGUACGCUGCCAUCUUGUCUAUUUCAAAUCUUCACUCAUUGAUCGAGACAGGUGAUUGUCAUCAUGACAUGCGUCACUUUGGGGUGGACCCACCUGUCUCAAUCAAUAAGAGAUUUGAAAUAGACAAGACACAUUGUUGGAUUACUUAAAGUGGAUCUGACAGUGUUUUAACUACUUUGCAGAUAUGAAAGUUCCCAGUUUAUGCUACAAAACCAACUUCAUAAGAGGUUUUAAAAAUAGGUUCUAUUUGACAAAAAAUUCCAUGACAUAGAGUAAGGCAUUGUUGACAGAAUAGAUGGAUGCAGUUAAAAACAGAAUUAAUAUAAUUCACCAUUACAUUUAUUGGUAGUCUAAAAAAUAUUGCUAUCAGGUUGUAAAUCACAGCUGUCCUAGUACAUAUUUUGCUGCCUCCACCCAUUCGGGAUGCACGUUUUCAGUUUCAAUGACUCAAUACUUUGGGAAAAAAACUGACAAAUUUAACUAAGGCUGGGAAUGUCAAUACAAUCAAACUAGCGAGGGCAAUGAUCACAAGUCAGUCAUAACGUGGCUAAUAGGCUAGCGUAUCUAUUUAUGUAGCUAUGUUAUUUAUUUAUUAAGCUCAAAACACGAAGCCUAACGUUAGAUAGCUAGCUGCUGGGAGGAUGACAUACACAAAAUAGUCAAAAUUGGUGAAGUGAAAUGAAAAACAUUACUUGUUUAAAAAAAUUCUAAAAAAUAAAUAACGGAAAAGUGGUGCGUGCAUAUGUAUUCACCCCCUUUGCUAUGAAGCCCCUAAAUAAGAUCUGGUGAAACCAAUUACCUUCAGAAGUCACAUAAUUAGUUAAAUAUAGUCCACCUGUGUGCAAUCUAGGUGCCACAUGAUCUCAGUAUAUAUACACCUGUUCUGAAAGGCCCCAGAGUCUGCAACACCACUAAGCAAGGGGCACCACCAAGCAAGCAGCACCAUGAAGACCAAGGAGCUCUCCAAACAGGUCAGGGACAAAGUUGUGGAGAAGUACAGAUCAGGGUUGGGUUAUAAAAAAAUAUCAGAAACUUUGAACAUCCCACGAAGCACCAUUAAAUCCAUUAUUAAAAAAUGGAAAGAACCAUAACAAACCUUCCAAGAGAGGGCCGCUCACCAAAACUCACGGACCAGGCAAGGAGGACAUUAAUCAGAGGCAACAAAGAUAACCCUGAAGGAGCUGCAAAGCUCCACAGCGGAGAUUGGAGUAUCUGUCCAUAGGACCACUUUAAGCCGUACACGCCACAGAGCUGGGCUUUACGGAAGAGUGUCCAGAAAAAAAGCCAUUGCUUAAAGAAAAAAAAUCAAACAUGUUUGGUGUGUGUUCGCCAAAAGGCAUGUGGGAGACUCCCCAAACAUAUGGAAGAAGGUACUUUGGUCAGAUGAAACUAAAAUUGAACUUUUUGGCCAUCAAGGAAAACGCUAUGUCUGGCGCAAACCCAACACCUCUCAUCACCCGAGAACACCAGCAUUGUGGUGGCAACAUCAUGCUGUGGGGAUGUUUUUCAUCGGCAGGGACUGGGAAACUGGUCAGAAUUGAAGGAAUGAUGGAUGGCGCUAAAUACAGGGACAUUCUUGAGGCAAACCUGUUUCAGUCUUCCAGAGAUUUGAGACUGGGACGGAGGUUCACCUUCCAGAAGGACAAUGACCCUAAGCAUACUGCUAAAGCAACACUCGAGUGGUUUAAGGGGAAACAUUUAAAUGUCUUGGAAUGGCCUAGUCAAAGCCCAGACCUCAAUCCAAUUGAGAAUCUGUGGUAUGACUUAAAGAUUGCUGUACACCAGCGGAACCCAUCCAACUUGAAGGAGCUAGAGCAGUUUUGCCUUGAAGAAUUGGCAAAAAUCCCAGUGGCUAGAUGUGCCAAGGUUAUAGAGACAUACCCCAAGGGACUUGCAGCUGUAAUUGCUGCAAAAGGUGGCUCUACAAAGUAUGGAUUUGGGGGGGGGUGAAUAGUUAUGCACGCUCAAGUUUUCUUAUUUCUUGUUUGUUUUUCAAUAAAAAAUCAAUUUUAAUUCCAGGUUGUAAGGCAACAAAAUAGGAAAAAUGCCAAGGGGGUGAAUACUUUCGCAAGCCACUGUUUCGAUAAGUUAAGAUUUGUUGAAAAUACUCUUUGUUACGCCAAAAAAGUACCUACCUAAUAACACCCAUCAGCCAGAUGGAACAGAGUAAUUUUCUGACUAGGCAAUAUACACUACUCAAAAAAAUUAAGGGAACACUAAAAUAACACAUCCUAGAUCUGAAUGAAUGAAAUAAUCUUAUUAAAUACUUUUUUCUUUACAUAGUUGAAUGUGCUGACAACAAAAUCACACAAAAAUUAUCAAUGGAAAUCAAAUUUAUCAACCCAUGGAGGUCUGGAUUUGGAGUCACCCUCAAAAUUAAAGUGGAAAACCACACUACAGGCUGAUCCAACUUUGAUGUAAUGUCUUUAAAACAAGUCAAAAUGAGGCUCAGUAGUGUGUGUGGCCUCCACGUGCCUGUAUGACCUCCCUACAACGCCUGGGCAUGCUCCUGAUGAGGUGGCGGAUGGUCUCCUGAGGGAUCUCCUCCCAGACCUGGACUAAAGCAUCCGCCAACUCCUGGACAGUCUGUGGUGCAACGUGGCGUUGGUGGAUGGAGCGAGACAUGAUGUCCCAGAUGUGCUCAAUUGGAUUCAGGUCUGGGGAACGGGCGGGCCAGUCCAUAGCAUCAAUGCCUUCCUCUUGCAGGAACUGCUGACACACUCCAGCCACAUGAGGUCUAGCAUUGUCUUGCAUUAGGAGGAACCCAGGGCCAACCGCACCAGCAUAUGGUCUCACAAGGGGUCUGAGGAUCUCAUCUCGGUACCUAAUGGCAGUCAGGCUACCUCUGGCGAGCACAUGGAGGGCUGUGCGGCCCCCCAAAGAAAUGCCACCCCACACCUUGACUGACCCACCGCCAAACUGGUCAUGCUGGAGGAUGUUGCAGGCAGCAGAACGUUCUCCACGGCGUCUCCAGACUCUGUCACGUCUGUCACAUGUGCUCAGUGUGAACCUGCUUUCAUCUGUGAAGAGCACAGGGCGCCAGUGGCGAAUUUGCCAAUCUUGGUGUUCUCUGGCAAAUGCCAAACGUCCUGCACGGUGUUGGGCUGUAAGCACAACCCCCACCUGUGGACGUCGGGCCCUCAUACCACCCUCAUGGAGUCUGUUUCUGACCGUUUGAGCAGACACAUGCACAUUUGUGGCCUGCUGGAGGUCAUUUUGCAGGGCUCUGGCAGUGCUCCUCCUGCUCCUCCUUGCACAAAGGCGGAGGUAGCGGUUCUGCUGCUGGGUUGUUGCCCUCCUACGGCCUCCUCCACGUCUCCUGAUGUACUGGCCUGUCUCCUGGUAGCGCCUCCAUGCUCUGGACACUACGCUGACAGACACAGCAAACCUUCUUGCCACAGCUCGCAUUGAUGUGCCAUGCUGGAUGAGCUGCACUACCUGAGCCACUUGUGUGGGUUGUAGACUCCGUCUCAUGCUACCACUAGAGUGAAAGCACCGCCAGCAUUCAAAAGUAACCAAAACAUCAGCCAGGAAGCAUAGGAACUGAGAAGUGGUCUGUGGUCACCACCUGCAAAACCAGUCCUUUAUUGGGGGUGUCUUGCUAAUUGCCUAUAAUUUCCACCUGUUGUCUAUUCCAUUUGCACAAAAGCAUGUGAAAUGUAUUGUCAAUCAGUGUUGCUUCCUAAGUGGACAGUUUGAUUUCACAGAAGUGUGAUUGACUUGGAUUACAUUGUGUUGUUUAAGUGUUCCCUUUAUUUGUUUGAGCAGUGUAUUUAAUAGCUAGGUUCUACUUAGGUUUGCAAAACUCCAGUAACCUUCCCAAAAUUCCCAGAUUUUCAAGAAAUCCCAGUUGGUGUAUUCUGGAUUUCAUUGCUGGAAAAACUGGGAAUUUUAGGAAAGUUAAUGGAGUAUCGCGACCACAUUUCUACUGGAACACAAUUGUUAUUCAUACUCAAGUUUUUAUUCCUGUACUCAUCAUGUCUCUUUCUUCCAACAGGAACGACUCAGGGCAGAAGCGCACAACAUCCUCCGGCUCAACCAAAAAUAGUUACCGUGGGGAGGGAGACUCCUGCAUCUUCCUCCGCAAGCGCUCCAAGAGAGAUGGUACGAGUCCUAUAUAGUUACAUUGAGUGUCAUGUGACAGGGAAUCUUAAUGCAUCCGAAUGUCUCAAUACUUUACGUGCCAUUGGCUGCUCAGGCCUAUAGUGGUGAGGAGGAGGAGUCUACCAUGUCCGCAAGUGACUUCACCAUUCAUUUUCGGGAUUCAGGGUUCAUUCAAACACAGUUUUAAGCUUUGUUUUACAAUUUUACUAUGAUUUCGGGAUUGUAUAUCGAUUCGCUCUCCUUAAAUAUUAGUCGUCUGAUGCAAGUAUUAGUCGUCUGAUGCAUUAGUUUCAGUCUCUGAAUUGUUUAAUAAAACUUUUCGCAACCAGCUCUUGAUAUCAGGGCAUAAAAACUACAAUUUGUCUCCUGAAUUAGCAUAGCGUGCAUGUGCGCCUAGCAUACAGUGCCUUCAGAAAGUAUUCACACCCCUUGACUUAUUCCACAUUUUGUUGUGUUACAGUCUGAAUUCAAAAUGGGUUAAAUAAAUAAAAAAAUCUCACCCAUAUACUGUACACACAAUACCCCAUAAUGACAGUGAAAACAUAUUUUUUGAAAUGUUUGAAAUGUUCUUGAAAAUUAAAGACAGAAAUAUUAAUUUACAUAAGUAUUCACACCCCUGAGUCAAUAUAUGUUAGAAUCACCUUUGGCAGCGAUUACAGCUGUGAGUCUUUCUGGGUAAGUCUCUUAUUUUUAUUUUAUUUAACCAGGUAAGCCAGUUGAGUUCUCAUUUACAACUGCGACCUGGCCAAGAUAAAGCAAAGCAGUGCGAUAAAAACAACAACAACACAGAGUUACAUAUGGGAUAAACAAAACGUACAGUCAAUAACACAAUAGAAAAUCUAUAUACAGUGUGUGCAAAUGUAGUAAGUUAUGGAGGUAAGGCAAUAAAUAGGCCAUCAUUUAGUAUUAACACUGGAAUGAUAGAUGUGCAGAAGAUGAUGUGCAAAUAGAGAUACUGGGUUGCAAAUGAGCAAAAUAAAUAACAAUAUGGGGAUGAGGUGGGUGGGCUAAUUACAGAUGGGCUGUGUACAGGUGCAGUGAUCGGUAAGCUGCUCUGACAACUGAUGCUUAAAGUUAGUGAGGGAGAUAAGAGUCUCCAGCUUCAGAGAUUUUUGCAGUUCGUUCCAGUCAUUGGAAGCAGAGAACUGGAAGGAAUGGCGGCCAAAGGAGGUCUUGGCUUUGGGGAUGACCAGUGAGAUAUACCUGCUGGAGCGCAUACUACGGGUGGGUGUUGCUAUGGUGACCAAUAAGCUAAGAUAAGGCGGGGAUUUGCCUAGCAGUGAUUUAUAGAUGACCUGGAGCCAGUGGGUUAGGCGACGAAUAUGUAGUGAGGGCCAGCCAACGAGAGCGCACAGGUCACAAUGGUGGGUAAUAUAUGGGGCUUUGGUGACAAAACGGAUGGCACUGUGAUAGACUACAUCCAAUUUGCUGAGUAGAGUGUUGGAGGCUAUUUUGUAAAUGACAUUGCCGAAGUCAAGGAUCGGUAGGAUAGUCAGUUUUACGAAGGCAUGUUUGGCAGCAUGAGUGAAGGAGGCUUUGUUGCGAAAUAGGAAGCCGAUUCUAGAUUUAACUUUGGAUUGGAGAUGCUUCAUGUGAGUCUGGAAGGAGAGUUUACGGUCUAACCAGACACCUAGGUAUUUGUGGUUGUUCACAUAUUCUAAGUCAGACCCGCCGAGAGUAGUGAUUCUAGUCGGGCGGGCGGGUGCAAGCAGCAUUCGAUUGAAGAGUAUGCAUUUAGUUUUACGAGCGUUUAAGAGCAGUUGGAGGCUACGGAAGGAGUGCUGUAAGGCAUUGAAGCUCGUUUGGAGGUUUAUUAACACAGUGUCCAAUGAAGGGCCAGAUGUAUACAAAAUGGUGUCGUCUGCGUAGAGGUGGAUUUGAGAGUCACCAGCAGCAAGAGCGACAUCAUUGAUAUACACAGAGAAUAGCGUCGGCCCGAGAAUUGAACCCUGUGGCACCCCCAUAGAGACUGCCAGAUGUCCAGACAACAGGCCCUCCGAUUUGACACAUUGAACACUAUCUGAGAAGUAGUUGGUGAACAAGGCGAGGCAGUCAUUUGAGAAUCCAAGGCUAUUUAGUCUGCCAAUAAGAAUGCGAUGAUUGACGGAGUCGAAAGCCUUGGCCAGGUCGAUGAAGACGGCUGCACAGUACUGUCUUUUAUCGAUCGCGGUUAUAAUAUCGUUUAGGACCUUGAGCGUGGCUGAGGUGCACCCAUGAUCAGCUCGGAAACCAGAUUGCAUAGCGGAGAAGGUACGGUGGGAUUUGAAAUGGUCAGUGAUCUGUUUGUUAACUUGGCUUUCAAAUACUUUCGUAAGGCAGGGCAGGAUGGAUACAUGUAUAGGAUGGAUACUCCAAACAGGUCAGGGACAAGUUUUUGGAGAAGUACAGAUCAGGGUUGGGUUAUAAAAAAAUAUCAGAAACUUUGAACAUCCCACGGAGCACCAUUAAAUCCAUUAUAAAAAAAUGGAAAGACUAUGGCACCACAACAAACCUGCCAAGAGAUGGCUGCCCACCAAAACUCACGGACCAGGCAAGGAGGGCAUUAAUCAGAGAGGCAACAAAGAGACCAAAGAUAACCCUGAAGGAGCUGCAAAGCUCCACAGCGGAGAUUGGAGUAUCUGUCCAUAGGACCACUUUAAGCCGUACACUCCACAGAGCUGGGCUUUACGGAAGAAUGUCCAGAAAAAAAGCCAUUGCUUAAAGAAAAAAAUAAGCAAACACGUUUGGUGUUCGCCAAAAGCCAUGUGGGAGACUCCCCAAACAUAUGGAAGAAGGUACUCUGGUUAGAUGAGACUAAAAUUGAGCUUUUUGGCCAUCAAGAAAAACGCUAUGUCUGGCGCAAACCCAACACCUCUCAUCACCCCGAGAACACCAUCCCCACAGUGAAGCAUGGUGGUGGCAGCAUCAUGCUGUGGGGAUGUUUUUCAUCGACAGGGACUGGGAAUCAGAAUUGAAGGAAUGAUGGAUGGCGCUAAAUACAGGGAAAUUCUUGAGGCAAACCUGUUUCAGUCUUCCAGAGAUUUGAGACUGGGACGGAGGUUCACCUUCCAGCAGAACAAUGACCCUAAGCAUACUGCUAAACUCAAGUGGUUUAAGGGGAAACAUUUAAAUGUCUUGGAAUGGCCUAGUCAAAGCCCAGACCUCAAUCCAAUUGAGAAUCUGUGGUAUGACUUAAAGAUUGCUGUACACCAGCGGAACCCAUCCAACUUGAAGGAGUUGGAGCAGUAUUGCCUUGAAGAAUGGGCAAAAAUCCCAGUGGCUAGAUGUGCCAAGCUUAUGGAGACAUACCCCAAGAGACUUGCAGCUGUAAUUGCUGUAAAAGGAGGCUCUACAAAGUAUUGACUUUGGGGGAGUGAAUAGUUAUGUACGCUCAAGUUUUCUGUUUUUUUUGUCUUAUUUCUUGUUUGUUUCACUAUAUAAAAUAUUUUGCAUCUUCAAAGUGGUAGGCAUGUUGUGUAAAUCAAAUGAUACAAACCCCCAAAAAAUCAAUUUUAAUUCCAUGUUGUAAGGCAACAAAAUAGGAAAAAUGCCAAGGGGGGUGAAUACUUUCGCAAGCCACUGUAGUUCAGAGGUCAGAGAGUAAGUUAUAGCUCCUGUGUUUCCAUGAUAACAGAUUCAGACUCGGACAGUGAGCUCUCGGUGGAUGAGCACAGCAGCUCCUAUGCCUCGUCCCACUCCUCAGACAGUGAUGAUCAUAGAGGAAGCCGCAAGCAUAGGUGGAACAACGAGAGACCGCCCCAGCGAAACACACCCAAAGGUAACGGGACUCACGUUCAAACACACACACACACACACACACAUUUUGCAUUUGCACAUAAAAAACACAUACACACACACACAAACCUCAUACAGUGGGGAAAAAAAAUAUUUAGUCAGCCACCAAUUGUGCAAGUUCUCCCACUUAAAAAGAUGAGAGAGGCCUGUAAUUUUCAUCAUAGGUACACGUCAACUAUGACAGACAAAUUGAGAGAGAAAAAAAUCAGAUUCAGUCUUCCCAGCCUGGUGCAGGUCUACAAUUUUGUUUCUGGUGUCCUUUGACAGCUCUUUGGUCUUGGCCAUAGUGGAGUUUGGAGUGUGACUGUUUGAGGUUGUGGACAGGUGUCUUUUAUACUGAUAACAAGUUCAAACAGUUGCCAUUAAUACAGGUAACGAGUGGAGGACAGAGGAGCCUCUUAAAGAAGAAGUUACAGGUCUGUGAGAGCCAGAAAUCUUGCUUGUUUGUAGGUGACCAAAUACUUAUUUUCCACCAUAAUUUGCAAAUAAAUUCAUUAAAAAUCCUACAAUGUGAUUUUCUGGAUUUUUUUUCUCAUUUGUCUGUCAUAGUUGACGUGUACCUAUGAUGAAAAUUACAGGCCUCUCUCAUCUUUUUAAGUGGGAGAACUUGCACAAUUGGUGGCUGACUAAAUACUUUUCCCCCCCACUGUAUAUUGUGUUUUUUUUCCUACUGUAUCUGAAGUGGAAACAGAGGCCAAUCACGUGAAGCCCUACUGGCCAGUGGAGCCGCCGACAGCCAGUGAGAGCGAGGAGCCCUGCGGGGUAGAGACGCUGCGUGUGGAGACCAAGGUCAACGUGGAGCUCCACCAGGACAACAAAGUCAAUAGGGAGUCCCCCUCUCAGAAUGAUAGUGCCCCUCCCAGCUCACCUGACUGCAACCAGACAGAGAAGAGAAGAGGUGAGAGAGAGAGAGAGAGAGAGAGAGAGAGAGAGAGAGACAGAGACAGAGACAGAGACAGAGACAGAGACAGAGACAGAGACAGAGACAGAGACAGAGACAGAGACAGAGACCGAGACCGAGACCGAGACCGAGACCGAGACCGAGACCGAGACCGAGACCGAGACCGAGACCGAGACCGAGACCGAGACCGAGACCGAGACAGAGACAGAGACAGAGACAGAGACAGAGACAGAGAGUUGUCACUAGCUUCCAUAUCCACAAAUUGAAUUGAAUAUAUUUUGGGGUAACAGACAUAUACAACAAAAUGUACAAUGUGGACCCAGAGGAUAUCACUUGAAAGUAUUAAUUAAAACGCUUGUUUCCAAAGUGGUCCUUGAUGGUAAAAACAAUAACACAUAUAAUGAUUAAAAGGCAAGACAAAAUGACAAACAACCAUACAUACAUUCAUUCAUAUUGACAUCCUAAACAGUGGCACUAUGCACUGAAACUUUUCCCUAACCUUAAAAAUCCUACCAUAUUAAUUUUACAUUAAAACAAUCUAUUCAUUGCACAUCAUACCGAUCAUUCAAAUAAAUACACCUGACCAGCAGUAGGGGGCACAAGGGGCAGUGGAGUGGUUUCUCUUACUUACACAACCUUGUCCAAAUGAAAACCAUUGCCUGCUUUUUAAAGCUAUUUCUACUUUUUCUUUGCUUGAUCUCCAAGGGGAGGCUAUUCCAUAGACAAAUGCCUGUAUAGAAAAAGGUGCUCCUCGCAGUACUGUUUACUCUUGGGAUUUUACAAGACAUAACACUAGCUCUGGUAUUGUAACUGUGUUGGUUAUAGACCAUAUCAAUGUGGUUUUUCAUAUAACUUGGGGCACAAUCAUUUAAGAUGUCAAACGUAUGAUUAAGUUGGUCCACUCUGGACUCCAAAGGCAACAAGCCCACCUCCCAGAACUCCUGUACCCCUAUGUGGGUCCUAGGAGGGACAUUCAGCAUAUAACUGAUAACAUUAUGUUGCAUGACCUGCAUUCUCUUUUUCAGCUUUUGUGAUAGCCCACUAUACCAAGCAGAGCAGGCAUAAUCAAAAUGACACUGAAUCAAGGUUGAGACAAGCAGUUUCUUAACUUUGAUGUUAAAAUAUCUAGUGUUACGAUUGAAAAAUCAUAAACCCCGCCCAUUUCUACAAAUUAUCUUCUUACAUUAUAUUUGAAACCUAACCCUAACCACACUGCUUACCUUAAAAUGAAGACCAGAAAGCACUUUUUUGUAGCAAUGUUUACUUUGUAAUCUGACCUUCGUGGCUAUGGAGUGAAGCGAAGCGAUAUUGGAAAGAGCAGAGAGAGAGAGAGAGAGAGAGAGAGGAUAGAGCGAGAGAGAGAGAGAGAGAGAGAGAAAGAGAGAGAUAAGCGAGCGAGAUAGCCUAGCGAGAGAGAUAGAAUAUACAGCGCCUCUCCUCUCUCUCUCUCUCCUCCUCUGCCUCUCUCUCUCGCUCGCGCUCCUCUCUCUGGCUACCCUCUCUCGUUAGUUCACUACCUCGCUCAGGAAUGUCUCAAAUGAAAUGUCUGAUUGAAUCAACAUGUCAACAUUCUAAUCUAGUACCUUUUAGAUAUUGUGUGUCAUUUUUUCCAAAUAAGGUGCAUGUGUCUGUGUGUUUAUGUGUGUUUUCUUGUAUGACUGACUGGGAUUUGUUUCAUUCACCCUCUGUUUGCAACCAGGCAUUCUGAAAAACAAGAUCACCUCCCCUCCUCCCCUGACUGACAAGAACAUGAAGAAUCGCCUGCGGGAGAAACUGAGUGACUACAACCCCUCCAGCAUCUCCCCCAGGACUACCCCAGUCCCCCCAUCUCCCGUCUCCCCCCAUCUACGCCCUGUAACCGGGGGCAACGGGGUCUUCAUCAAAUCCCCACCUCGCCCGCUCGUGCCUCCACGCCCUCCGUUGUCUCCACGGGACCUGCGCAAUGGGAUUGUCAUGACAACAACGAGGACGAUGAUGUCGCCAUUAGUCAAUGGGGUCAAUGGGAUUCAAGACGCCCAGGACUUGGACUCAGAGUGAGUGGUCACGAGAUACUGGUGGCCAUGUUGCAUAUCUAGCAGAUAUGUUGGAUAAUAUGUCAGUCAUUUUUGACUUUAGUAACUGUCUCUGUCUCUCUCAACAGCGGUAGCAACGAAACCUCAAUC